AUGAUUUCUGCUUGGCGGGGAGAUAGACAGGAGGGCACGGGACUCUCUCUGCCGCCCUCUGCCGCCUCGCCGUCCGAUUCGAUCCAUUUCGUCGGCCACCGCCUCGGCCCACGCACACGUUCCUUCCUUUUUUUGCUUCCGAUUGUCUUUCUUCCUUCUUCCUGUCUUUAUUCUCACCUUCACCUGUGCAAAAAUCAUAACCUGGAGCACGUUUUGGUUUUUGAAUGAAAGAAAUCGGUUGAGUUUGAGCGGUUUUGUGGCGUUUCAUUGCAAAUUUCAAUAUUUUGGUGCUUUCGUGGAUUUUUUCGACAUUUUUCGCAACUUGAACUUUUUCUAUGGUUGAGAAAAAGCUCUUGGAGUUUUCGAAACUAAUUUUAGAAAUAUUUUUCACAUUGGAGAAGUAGAAUACCAACUUUCAGUGAGGACUGUUUUGUUAUUUUACACUUUCGAUUGAUCAAUUUUCGAUUUCUCGAAAAUUCGAACACUUUUUUUCAAUUUCGUGAGAGCUUUUAAAAACACAUUUGAUGAUUGAAAAAAAUUUUAAACUUGUAAAAAAAUAACAAAGAUAAUGAAUAUUGAAGAUUUUUCCGUUUUUUUCAGCUUUUUUUAAAAACUAAUUCUAUUCCAAAAAGCUCCUUUGCAGUAGAAAAAAAAGAUCCGAGUAUUUUUUUACCUUGACUUGAAAAAAAAAAUCCAUUUUCAGCUUUUCAGAAAGGAAAUGAGUUUUAAGCCCGCGGUCGAGCUUUUUAAUGGCGGAUCGGGCAAUUUUUGUUUUUCCUUUUUUCGUUUUUAGACGUUUCUCGAAGCUUUCAAGCUUUUCAAUGUUUUUUAGACAACGUUGAGUCAUUUUUAAUGUUAUGAGAGAUUUUCAGAAUUUUGAACACUUAUAUUUCGAAAAAAGCACGCGUUUCAUAACUAUCUUGAUUUUUUUCAACUAUUUCUUUUCUAACUAAAAAAAUUUUUUUCACAUUUUAGAUUUUAAGAAAAACGAUGUAGACAAAUAACAAAUGUAAAGAGAGAGAAUAUUUCAUCAAGGAGAGUGAAAAAUAAACACUAAAAGUGGCCUGUGCGCAGCAUCCUCCCUCAAGGGGCCCCUCGAAAUUCGCAAAAAUGUUUCGAAUUCUUUUCUCGACUUUUCUCUUUUUUUCAUUUUUGUUUUGUGGUUUUUGCUUCAUGCAAACUUGUAAGGAAAAAUAUUUUCACGAAAUGGUUUAUUUUUUUCCGAUUUUUUUGAUGUCUUUCAAGCUUUUUUUGAUCUCCUUAUUUUUUUCUUUUUUUCAAAGAGUUUUUUUCACCAUUUCAAGAACCUUUGACUCUCAGAAUUUUCGCGAAGAGGAUUUAUAGUUGAAAAUUAAUUUUUGAAAGGAGAUAGAAGCAAAUUUCCGUUGACAAAUCGUGUCGGAGAUCGAUAGUUUUUUGUUUUGAAUGUCGGGAAAAUUCCUCGCGAAAUCAGAUAUCAUUUUCCCACAAACUUUUUAGAGAAGGAAAACUCGAUAUUUAUCUGCGGAAGAAUCUGUCGUUUUCGCCUCUUUCUUUUUGAUUUUACUCGGAGUCGAGCCGUUUUUCCGCGAUUUUCGUUGUUUUAACGUUGUUUCUUUUCAGUAAAUCGGGUAGUUUCUUAUCGCAUCCGCUUCCAAGAUUGCUCCAGCAAAAAAUAAAAAGAAGACGACGACGUCUGUAAAGGACGACGGCGUAAUGGGGGACGCCAGAAUUGCUUUCGCCCGCGAAGAAGUCUGGCUCGAAAAUAAAGAUUCCCUAAUUGUUGAAAAGUGCGUUUGGGCUUCUCAUUAAGAGCUUUGCCGGGCAAGCACUUUUUCGAAAAUUAUGCAGAAAGAAAAAGUAGGAUAAUCUAAUUUUUUUCAUCACUUGACAAAAAAAUUGAUUUUCAUGGCUUUUGUUAGAGUUUAAGUACAAAAAGGCUUUAAAAAAACACUAAAUCGGGCAAUUAUUCGAGUGAAAAGAAAGGAAAAUUUAAUUUUUACCCAGUCAAGGUUGAAAUUAAAAAAUUUCCUUAUGAAUCCAAUAAAUUUAUUUUUCUAUUUGAAUUUUUUCAACCAUUUUCAUUGGCUUAUUCGAAAAAUGCAUAUUUUCUUUCAAAUGGAAUUUUUAAGGCAACGGUGUUGGUUUUGAAAGUUUUUAUCAAUGAAAAAUAACUUAAAUUUUAAAAAAGGUCCAAAUCCUUCACGAUUAAAAAAACACGUGGUUCAAGUCACGAUUAGAUCUUUUAAAUACUCAGAAACACACGAAUUUGCAGAAUAAUCGAGCAGUUCCAUGAGGAGAACACGAAAGGACUGCCGUUCAGCCGGAUUUUGUCGGCGAUCGGCCCGGACCGCGUCAAAGAUUUCGUUAUCGGACCCCGGCAUUUCGCCUUUUUGCUAGUUGUGAGUAGGGAAAGGAAUGAAAAAAAGUAUAACCUGUGAAAAUUGUACAUAGGCAAAGUCGGAAAGGGUGUAAAAAAGCUCCAUAGAACUGUUCCUUUUUGUUGUCUUUUUGCGCCAUUUCUUGAGCUGUUAUGCACCAUUUUUGCUGUCUCUCCCUUUUCCACCAUUUCUUGAGUCUUAAAAAUCAUAGAAAAAAUGGAAGGCUCGAUAAAGGGACCAUUUUUUCUGGCCUUUUGCGGCCUUUUUUGAACCUCUCACUUUUAGCGGGCAUUUUCCAUCAUUCCGAUUUUGCCCGAGCAUUAUUUGGUGUAACAUCCCGACUUGUUUAAAAAAAAGUACAAGUCUUGUAGCUUUGUUUAUUUACUUUGAAGUUAUCAGAAAACAGGAGAGGUAUAAAAACUAAAAAGUGCUGAAGAUAGUUGCAAUAUGAGGCAUACAAAUUAAAAUGUCCAAGGAAAAGAAAAAAACUUGAAAUUUCAUUCAGUAGAGUUUUUCCGAAGACCGAAAAAUGCGUGAAGAUACAGGGUUUUUUUUUUGAUUUCCAUAAAAAUAAUGUAUUUUUCUUGUAAUAUGUCAUUUUGAGGGUAUGAAUCAAAAUAUAUCUGAAUUUCGAAUUUUCCGAUUUUUUCAUAUCAUUAGGGAACUUUCCAUCUUUUUUUCCCUUAUAUUUUUUUCGGUUUAUGAAAAAAAUCUGUUAACAUUUUUUUCUCUUUUUUUCUUGUCUUAUAAUCAUGAAUCAACUACCUGUUUUAUAUAACAAGGUUGUUUCAAAUCGAAGAUUUUAUUGAGUAAAAAAGUCGGUAAGUUCCCUAGCGAUAUGAAAAAGAUAGGAAAAGUCGCCAUUCGAAAAUCCGUUGGUCUUUUUUUCAUACCACCGUUAUUUUGAUUAGUAAAUUCGAAGUUUGUUCCUAUUUGCAGGACAACAACAUUGUCCGAGUGGCGUUCGACUGCUCGAAAGUGAAGGAAGCCGAGAGGAGCAGCGAACCGACGAGAAACGACUCGAGCGGCUCGCUCAGCUCCAUCCCGCCGCCUUCCUCCUUCCACCAUGCGACGAGGCCCAACAGCGCCAAGUUCCGCAGAUUGAUGUUGGCUGCCAAUCGCCAUGGGUUCGUUCAUAAUGAUUUUUGAGAGUUUUUCGAUAAAACUACUCCCGAAAAUGCUUCUUCAAAACUCCUAUUUUCAUGUGAAUAUCUUCCCUGAAGAAAGUGAGAAAAGGAAAACUUUGCGAUGAACUUGGAAAAUGAGAAUUUUUAGAAUGAUAGCGAAACCUUUUUUCAACUUUUAACAUUUUCUGAAGCUUUUUCUAGUGUUUACAAGGAAAUUUUCUAGGCAAUUCUCACUUGAAAUCAAGUUUCUCAUGAAUAUCUAGCUGGAAAAACACGAAAAAAUAUAAAUUCUUGCGAAGGAUUUGAAAAAAAUUGAGAAGAAAUAAAGAAAAGUGUUUUCUUUGUACUUUCACCGUUCACUAUCAAAUUUUACCAAAUCUUGGAAAAACCCUUAAGGAAUCCAUUGAAGUGAAUCGUAUUAUUAUAGCGCUUUUUAUUGUCAAUUUCAUAGUAUAAAAAGUAUUAAUAAUUCAAAAACUUUAACUUUUCAACAGGUUUUUAAAAUUUAUUAAGUUCUUCAUUGAUUUUCAGGGCUUUUUAUUGUCAAUUUCGCAGUAUAAAUCUCAUUUAUUUAAAGUAUUUAUUCGCCACUCCGCAAUCUGCACGACAAAUACAAAAAAUAAAAAAUCAACGCAAUCGAAUAAUAUCUACAGCUGCGGAUAAUUGAAAUAGUACAAAUAGUUCAAGAAGUAGUAAAAGUUUGACUUCUAAAGAAGUUUUUUUAAAGUUAUUUUUUUAUCAUUAUCGAUUUUCAUCGCUUCAUACUGUGAAGCUCGUAGUAUAAGUAAUCCUAGAACUGGAAAAAUACUCAGGCUGAAAGGCUUAUGAAAAUACUUUUAUCGUUAUCGAUUUUUAGCGCUUCUUAUUGCCGAGUUCGUAGUAUAAAUAAUCUUAGAAGUGGUGAAAUAUUCAACUCUGAAAAGCCCUUUGAAAUAAUUUUCAUUAUUCUGUACAGAGCUUUCUACUGUCGAGUUUGUAGUAUAAACAGCAUGAAAAAUCCAAGAAGUGGUGAAAUUUUCAACUCUCAACGGAUAUUUUUUAUCGAUUUUCAGGGCUUUUUAUUGUCAAUUUUGCGGUAGAAAUAGUAAAAACAGUUAAAGAAGUGGUGAAAGUUUGACUUUUAAGUUUUUCAAGGAUUUUUUUUUCUAUUAUCAAUUUUCAGCGCUCCAUAAUGUCAAGCUCGUAGUAUGAAUAAUCCUGGAACUGGAAAAAUAUCCAGGCUGAUAAGCCUAUGAAGUUUUUCAGCGCUUCUUAUUGCCGAGUUCGUAGCAGUGGCGAUCCGCGAAGCGUCAUUAUCGAUCGGGGACGGCCCAUGAUCCCCGCAAGCGCCGUUCCGGAAGAACUCAUCAACCAGGCUCAAGUAAUCAAAUCUAAAAAUAGAAGAAAAAAAAAAUCUUUUUUUCAGGUUGUUCUUCAAGGAAAAUCCCGUGAAGUCAUCAUCCGAGAACUUCGACGGACGUCCCUCAACGUCAACGAGGCCGUUAACAACUUGCUGUCCCGAGAUGAUGAAGAAGGUGCUUAAGGGGUUUUGAUGGGGACUCUCUGCUCCCAUUGGAUUCCUGUUUCUCGUAGAAAUUGUAGAAGCGUUUUAAGAGGGAUUUUUUUGGAAUAAUUUUAGGAGAGUUUACGAAGAAGGUGCUUAAGGGAUUUCUAGAAGAACUGGCUGUUUUUCUGUUGAAUUCCAGUUUCUGUCUAGAGUUUUCUACGUUACUGACCAAGAAGUGGCUUAAUGGGUUUUUAGAACUGCUUUCAAGCGUAUUUUCAUUUCUCUAAAGAUAAUUAUACGUUUUAAAAAGAGAUGACAAAGAAGGCGCUAAAGGGAUUUUUUAAAAAAAAAAACCGGUUGUUUUUGUUCAAUCCCCGUUUCUCUAUGGAUAUUUGUGGGUUUUAAAAAAUUUUCUCGAUAAUUUUAAACUUUGAUCAACGUAUUCCAACGUCAACGAGGCCGUUGACAACUUUUUGUCUCGAGAAGGGACUAAGGGAUUUUGCGAAGGACUUACUGCUUCAAUUUUAUUUUCGUUUCUUUUUAGAGUUUUCUAAGUUUUGAAAGGGAAGGCGGAGAAAACGCUUAAGGGAUUUUGAGGAGGGUUUGCUGCUUCAAUUUAAUUCUUUUUCUCUGUAGAAUUUGCUACGUUCAAAAACUGGUGAUGAAGGAGUUUCUUUAGGGAUUUUGAGGUAGUUUUUAGUUUACUUCCCAUUUCUCUAUAUAUAUUUGUACGGUUCGAGAAUAGUGCUCAAGGGGUUUUGUGGAGAAUUUGUUGCUUUUGAUUUAUUUUCUGUUUCUCUGGAAGCCAUUUUAAACUUUCAAGAAAGGUGACAAAGAAAGUGCCUAAGAAUUUUUAAGAACAAUGAGCUUCUUUAUAUUUGAUCCCUGUUUCUGUGUAGAAUUUCGUACAUUUAAAGACAGUUUUUUUUUGAGAAAUUUUAACGUUAAUGAAGCCUUUCAUAACUUAUUUUACUAGAUAACGAAGAAGGUGUUUAAGGGAUUUUAAGGAAAAUUUCAUCAGAAUGGGUUUUUAAAUAAUAUGAUUUCGAACCCCAUUUUUUCAUCGAAAGAACCUUGAAAGAAGUACAGAAGACCCUUCUUUACAUUUUUAUCAAAGGUGGAAAAAUUAUUCGGAGCUCCGUUUUUUCCAGGUUUUAAGAAAAAUCAGCUUUUAUCGGUCUUUUAUUUCAGGCUUUUCUGGAAUAUUCUAUGAACUUUUUUCCUUCAACAGAAAGUCAUGGAAAGGCGAGAGCCCCUUUUUUCAUCCUCUUCAGCCCUUCAAAAAGGGUUCUGACACGAAAAAAGAUAAAACACGGUGACACGUCACUAGCCAUUGAUCGACUUUACAGAUUUUUCAAGAACACGAAAAGGGGUUUUUCAGACGACGGAGACGUCGGCGACGGGAUGGUCCUUCCGGAAGAGCUCCUACAGCUUCUGGACGCCAGCCAGAGCCACCACUCGAUGGCCUCCUCGUCGUCUCACGGGGGCGGGUCCUCCUCCGCCUCAGGUGGGAACGCCUUUCAAGAGUCGGACUUUGCCACGCAUGCCGCCCGUCAAUUAUUAAGUCGCACCCAGUUCAAGAAACGAGGUACCUGUUUAGGGGUAUCCAAGGGGAAUACUUUAGGGUUUAUUUCAAUCGGUCAAAGAAGAAUUAUCUAGUUUUUUUAAUUAAAAAUUUGGGCUAGAGAGUGAAUUUCCAUAGGUUUCAACAAAGCGUCAGAAAUUUUAUUUUAAGCCCACUAGUUGAAAAAUUAAUGUUCGUAUUUUCAAGAAAGCAUGUGGGACAUGCCUAUGGAAACUUACUGGAUUUUAAGAAAAAGAAAACGAAAAAAAGGGUAAUUCUUUUGUGGAAACUCGUUAAGCACAUCAAAAUAAAAUUAACGAUUUUUUUUUCAAAUUUUGUUUCAGUGAAGUUUUACGCACCACUCACACUCAAAAUAAUUGCACUUUUUCACAAAAAUUCUUUUUUUUUGUGUUUUCUCAAUCAGCACUAUUUUUGUGUAUAGUUUGUUCAAAAAUUGGUUUUUGACUAGGGAACGUUCUUAACCCCCACCCUGUUGAAAAAAAUUGAACUUCUGCUGAAACUUUGCUGAAGUGUACUUUAGGACCUCCUGAUUCUAGAACCAGCAAAGUUUCAGCUAAAGUUCAGCUGCGGGGGCAGGGGGAUGUAAAAACGUCCUCUGUUGAGCUUUUUAAAGGCGCAUGUUUUGUAGAUUUAGAAUAGAUUGAAAUUCGAGCCAACAUAUAAUUUUCUAGAAAAAAAUUGAGGAAGAAAGGUUUUUGAAAAAUUCUUUUCUGUUUUAUCAUGUUACAAUUAGCUUUAUUUGAAUUAUAUUUUGUUUAAAAUUCUUCUUUGAGCUUUUAAAGGCGCAUGAGAGGAAGUUUUAUGAAAGUUUCGAGGCUUCAAGGUCAUAAUAUUCGUCAUCCUUUGAAAAACUGCACCUUUAAAAGCCUCAAAUAAUUUUUUUUAACGAAAUGGAUUCCAUGAAAAAAAUGUAAAGAUACCGGUUUUUAAAUCUCAACUUUCUCAGAAAAAAAUCGAGGAAGAAAGACUCGGAGGGCGGCGUCCGGAACGAGUUCCAUUUGAUCGAAAAUAUCGAAUGGUGGACCGGAAAGUAUGGAGACGGAACCCCGGAAAACCUUGAGAGUGGGUUUUUUUGAUUUCUAGUGGACAUUUUAGCAAAAACCGAAAAAGAACUUUUUAAAAAAAGAAAAUGAGUUCUGAACAGGCUGUUAGAGUUUUGAAAAAAUGUUCUGUUUUCGCAUCUUUUUUCUGUAUUUUUUUUACCAACUAAUUUGCCCAUUUUUGGUACUUCUCUAAUGUUGAGGGCGUUGAGCGGCGCUCGUCACAAUUUUCCGCCCGUUUUUAUCCCGCGCAUUCCCUCGAUGAAGUUUUAUGGGAGUUCUAGUCCAGCAGAUGCUACAUAUCGUCGAAAAAACGGUUGUAAACGGCCCGCUUUCAGCCCGUUUCGGCCAAGCUUAAUUUUAGCCCCAAAAAUGACCCGUUUCAGUCGUGCGAAUGCCGUGAAAAACCGGGCUGAACAUUGAAUUACCCGCUUUUAGCCCGUUUUGUCCCACCUAGGUCACUCGAAGCUAAUUUUUUGCCGCGUAUAGUCAAGUGAAUACCCUAAAUCGUCGAGAAACAAAAAACCGGGCAAAACAUUGGAGCACCCGAUUUUAGCCCGUUUGAUCUAACUGAUUCACCCGAAACUUUAUUUUUGUACCAUUUUAGUCAAGUAAAUGGCCUGAAUCGCCGAAAAAUAACCCGGGCAAAAUACUGGAGCACCCGCUUUCAGCCCUGUUUAUUCCAGAAAAUUCAACCAAAGUUAAUUCUUUGCGCACUUCAGUCAAAUUAUUUACCCGCAUCGCGUAAAAACUGAGUGAUGCGUUUGAGCGCCCACUUUUAGCCCGUUUCGGUCCAGCCGAGUUCAACCAAAGCUAAAUUUUAGCUUCAUUUCAGUCAAACAAAUUCCCCGCGUCAUCAAAAAAAAAACGGCCAAAAAUUGAAGCGCCCGCCGAUUACCCGUUUUGCGCCCGCCACCGCAUGAAAAAAAAAAAUUGUAUUUUAGCGCCGAGUUCAUGUCGAUCUCGGCGACGAGUUUCGAGCUUUUGGCCCUGGAUUCGAGUGGACGGGUUUUCGGGUGGCGUUGGCACGACCGACGUGGAGGCGCCGACACGAAAAGCAACUUCAGGGAGAUCGUCAAAACUCAUACUGGUCAAUAUUCAUUAAUUUAUAGGAAAAAGAAGUUUUAUUGUUUUUUAAUAGGUCUUUUGUGUUGAGUAGUUCAUUAAGAAGAGCUUUAUUAUUUUUCAUGAGAAUAACGAAUCCUUGAAUUUGAAAGAGGGCUCAAAUGUCAUUUUUUAGUUAUUAUUCGAGCUUUUUUUCAUUUUUUAUUUUUUUGUGAUGGAAUCUUGAACUUGAAGAAGGCUUGAAAAAGAUUUCCUAGCCUUAUUUUUUUGAAAUUGAACGGAUUUUUGGCUUGAAAUAAGCGUUGAAUGUCCUUUUUUUCUAAUUUUUUUACAUGAGUUAUGAGCUUUGAAAUCGAUUUUUUUAUUCGAAAAUCAAUUUUUUUAACAUGGAACAAGGCCUAAAAAGUCGUUUUCUUUUUCAUUAUUUCUUGAGUUAUGAUUUUCAAUUUUCGAAAAAAAUAAUAGUUUUUUUGAGCUUGGGAUAAGGCUUCGAAUUUCCUAAUUUUUACAUGACUUUUGCGUUUCAUUAUUCAUUUUUAUAAGCACAAAAAGUAAGGAGCUUGAUAGAAGGAAAGUCGGUGUGUUUGGUCACUUUUUUUAUGACGUCUAUUUUUUUCAAUUUUCCAAUUUUUUUCAAUCGAGCUUCAACGGUUUUUAAUGUACGUGUUUCUUUAUAAUACAACUUGUUUCAAAAAAAUUGAAUUUAUAGAAAUUCACUUUUUUUCUGAAUUUUUUUAAAUUUUUUUGCCGAAAAAAAUGCUCUCAAAUCUUAGUGAACACUAUUUCGUGCUUGACAUAUUUUUGAUUUAAGGCCGGAUUUGAAAAAUUUGACAUGAAAUUUAUUGAGAAAAACACAAAAUUUCCUGUUUUAAGCCGUCAAUUUUUUUGGUUUUUUUGAAGCUUAAAAAUGACCUUACGUGUUUUGGACACUAAAAAUAAACUAGAACUGAAAAAAAGUUGAAAGUAAAAAAAAAGCGACCGAACCGACCAAUUUUUUUCACCUUGAUAGUCAUUUUUUUCUGGCUUUGAGUGGAAAUUUUUUUAUUUGAAAUAUGAUAGUUUUUUUGAGUUUUUGGAUAAGGCUUGAAUGUUCUUUUUUUCUCAAAAAUGUUUACAUGAGUUUUCAGUAAGAAACAGAAAAAUUUCAGGUCAAAAAUCAAAAAGUUUGGCAUGGAAAUUAUUGAAAAAAAGACAAAAAUAUCCUAUUUUAGGCCGGUAAUGUUUGGUUUUUUUGAAGCUUAAAAAAAUGACAUAUUCGAGAAUUCUACGCAUUUUGGACAAUCAAACAGUAUGAAAUUUUAAAAAAAAACCUUCCCAAGUUUCCAAAAAAAAAAAAUGGUAAUUUUAAAAAAACGACCGAUUUUUCCAAUUUAAAAGUCAUUUCCUUGGUUCUUAAUUAUCAUCAUUAAUUUCAUUGCAGCAGAAAUAGACCCAGUGGUUUUCCUGGCGACGAGUAACCUCCGAGUCGGCGUCAUAACCCAUCGGGGAUCAUUUUUCACUUGGUUGGACGAAAAUGCGUGUGGAUUUCGGGCUUCUAAAGCCACUAUUGUUCGUUUAAAAAGAACAAAAAAUCCUCAAUUCCCUCAUUUUUCCAGGCCAGAGGCAAAUUCACUUUUGAUGACGUUGGCAAUAUCAGCGACGUCUUCAUUAGCGACUAUCUUUUCGGGUUCCGGAUCGGAAAUACCAUUUCCUGGGCGUGAGUUUCUUCUUAAGGGAAAUGAAAAUAAAAUGGCUUGAAAAGACAAAAAUAAACUUUUUGAGGCUCUAUAAAAAAAUAAUAUUCUUUAAAAACUAUUUAGGCAUAAGUUUUUGGGAAGAAAAACUGAAGAAAAAAAGGCUUUUGGAAUAUGAUUAAUUCAAUGUUUUUGAUCCAGAACAGAUAAUUUUUUUAUAAUUUUUUUCCCGUUUAUAAGGCUCCGGAGAAAAAAACUUUCAAAAAAAGCAAAAAAAUGUAUUUUCUAGGGAAUAAAUGUUCAGAAAAAUGCCAAUAUUGCUUAUACUUUUUGGCUCUUCUUGCGCGGAAAAAAAUCUCAUUUUUUUCUGAAAAACAAUAAUUUUUUUAGAAGGAAAUGAACAAUAAAGAGGAAUAUUCACUGUAAGAUUGCUACAAAAAAAUUUUUCGAAUAUUCAAAAAAAGUUAUUUCAAGCUUCUCUAAAACAUUUUUUUAGUUAUUUCCUUCUGAAAAAAACAUGAAUUUUGAAGGAGAAAAAUAAAUUUUUUUGUUGGUUUAAAGCUGCUUUUUUUGACGCUCAUAGGUCGAAAAAAAUCAGAAUACGAUGGGAAAGAAUAAUUUGAAGAACUUUAUUUUUCAAUUAUUCUGUUUUUCUUUUUAUAAUGGAAAUUGGUUAUCAAAAAAAUAUCACAUUUUAAGUUCCAAAAGCUUCAUUUUUUUGUUAUAAAAAAAUUGAAUAUUUCAAGUUUUGGAAUAGCUUUUUUUCCUGGAUCAAAGUAUCCCUUUUUCACCUUUUGAAAAAUUCUUUUUUUCUCGAAAUAAAAAAAUUUAAAUUACAGCUAUCAAAAACUUUUUUUAUCUCUGGACAAAUAAAGCAUAUUUCUAGUUUUGAAAUUUAAUAUAAUGCAUUAUUUAACUUCAAAAAAACUCUUUCAUAAAUUGAAAAAUAUAUUUCAAACCAUCCUUUUUUUCAGGGGCUUCAUUCCGCUGGCCGAACGGCUCAAGACUUAUGAAAAAGAGCGGGCGAAACACGCCAAAAAGCACGUUUCCUUCAAGGACGGGAACUCGGACGAUAUCGUCGAGGGAUCCAUUGUGCGUAUCAAUAAAAAUAUAUUGAAAGAUUGAAAGGAGAUAAAAAAAUAAAAAAAGGGUCUUUAAAACGUUUUUUUCGUCUAUUUCUUGAUGGAAAAAGAACUAUUCAAACAAUAGGUUAUGGAUGAAAAAGUAUUUUUUUGUGAAAAUUGGCCUUUUUAUUACAGAACUUUAUUUCUGAAAUAAAGAGCAAUCGCUGGAAAAAAAUAACUGAAAAAAAGAAUUUUUUUCGAUUUUGUUAAAAAAAGAAAGGUGAAGGAAUACUUUUUUUCAGGGAUUAUGAGUAUUAUUAAAUGCCGAAACUAAAAAAAUUGGCAUAUUAAUUUGAUAAAAUCAACGGGAAGCAGCAGCUCGAAAAGUCGCUCUUUUUCGAGCUGCUGCUUCCUCAUUUUUUUCAAAAAAAGUACAUUCUUUAAAAAAUUGAUUCUAUCAAAUAUCUUCUGUUCAGGAGUAUUGUAAUAUUCUUUUGCUGAAAAAAAUUUUUAUUUUUUUAGGUUCAAACGAAGGCCUUGCCGACGUAUCGAGCUGGAAGCGUGGCUCUUCUCGUGGACACUUGUCGGCCUGUGGUGGGGUUUCCUUUUUGGAACUGUUGCUAGAACUAUCUAAAAAAAAAUUGAAAAGAAAAAUUAAAAAAGAAGAAAAAAACUGACAAAAUAAGCUUUUACCAUAAUAUAGUUUUAGUGUUAGAAGUAGCUUGAGUUUCUGAGAAAACUAUAAAAUCAAAACUAUGGAAGUGGGUAUUGAACUAUUACGUGGAGGGAAAAGCUCAUUUUUUCGCCUCCUUCUUUUUUUCUCCUAAAAGAUCCUUUUUUCAGAAAAAAAAGGAGCCUUUGAGGCCCUUGAAAAGUCACUUUAGAUCCUUCCGGCUUUUAUUUUUGUUAAUAUUAGAAUGUGAUUUGUGGAAAAUACAGUAUGUUCUGACGUUACUGUAGAUCCAAGAGGUAUUUUCCAUAUCCCAAGUGUUAUAAAAAGCUCAAAAAGAAGUAUUUUUGUGUUUCUACUUUUCAAAAUUUGUGAAAGGAAACUUACACGUUCAUUUCUAACAAGGAAAAAAAAUUGCAAAAAACUUUUGCACAGCGUGGGGAGCGAAGCUAUGACCCCGCGUGAGUUCGAAGCCAACCUAAAUCAUGAGCAAAAUUCUUCUUCUUCCGUACCGCUUAGCGGCGUCGGCGUCCCAAGUCGAUUAGCCGAGGUCCUAUCCUGAUAAUCAGUGGACUGGCUCCAGUGACAUAUCCGUCCUUGGGGGGUUAUGAAGCCCUGGUUUCCCACUACCAACAUUUCUCGAACCCCUUGAUUGGGCCGAGGCGAGGAUCGAACUUGUGACCCUGUGGACCGUAGACAGGCACACAACCUGUUGCGCUACGGCGCGAAAAUAUUGAAAAAACCAAUGAUGAUUCUCCGUUUCAGGUUGUGGUCCUUCUGGAAGACGCCUGGUCGACCAACGACCGAUGCCGAUUCCACGUGAUGGCACCCGCAGACUACGACUCCGAACGGGAGGUCCAAGAAGACGUCAAACCCGAGCCUUCUCAGACGUCUGUCGUCGUCGCGCCGACUGGUCAAUCUUGUGAUAAACUAAAAAUAAUCGAUAUUAAUGAUUCCUGCCGUUUAUUUUGGUGGUAUGAAAAAAAAGAACAGCGAAAAAACGGCGACUUUUCCGAUUUUUUCAUAUCGCCAGGGAGAUUUCCGACGAAUCUUUUUCCGAUUUUUUUUCUCGAUAAACUCUUCGUCUUGAAUCUUCCUAUAUAAUUUAGGUAGUUGGUUCAUGAUUAUAACACAAAGAAAUAGGAAAAAAAAAGUUUAUAAGUGUUUUAUAAACCGAAAAACAUAUGGGAAAAAGUCGGAAAAUUCCCUGGCAAUAUGAAAAAAUCAGAAAAGUCGCUUUUUGAUUUCUCGCUGAUCUUUUUUUCAUAACACCUUCAUUUCCACUUUUUUUUGGGAGUUUUUCGCGUUAUUUCGCCUUCAUAUUUAAAAAAAUGUUUGAAGAUGAUCAUUGAAUGUUUUUGGCUAUUUUAUCGGUUCAAUGUUCAAAAAAAUUACCACUUGUCUGCUCCCUUUACGAGAAAAACGUCAAAAUAGGAAAAAUUCUCUAAGCUUUGCAGAAUAAUGAUGAUUUGUUUUUAGAAAGAAAUCCGGAAAAUGUGGAAACUUUUAUCUAAAUAAUUUAAAAUCUCUAUACAAAGUCGAAAAGAAAAAAUCAAUACCUUGGAAGUUUUUUUGCUUUUUUUUAGUGUCCAUCAGAUCAAAAAGAAAAAAAUUCAACAUUUUUUUAUACUCAUUAUCAUUUUUUUAACAUUCCAGACAGCCGAAAAAAAGGCGCGCCCCAUCGAGCCCUUCAAAAGUUUACGAGGAGAUUUUCGGAAUCGAUGACGUCAUCUGGAUCCAUCAUCAUCGACCCCACGAAGUCGCCGUCGUUAACACGGUUCCAAAGAGAGGAUAUUCGAAGAAAAAUGAUUUUUUUUUAGUUGGAUGGCAAUUAUGUGGGUUUGGAGUACAUGGAGGACUACUACGAACGGGAAUUCGAGAGCAAAAUGAGUGUGGCGAUUUCGAAUGAUGUCAAGGUUGGUUUUGAAGAUUUUGGAACGUUUUAGGCUUGAAAAGUUUAAAUUUUAAUCAAAAAAAGUUCGUCCAGUGACUGAACAACUUUCAAAAUCUAAGCUUAUUUUUUUCGAGAAAUUUUUGAUCUUCGGAGUUUUUUUGAGAAAAAAAUAUCAUUUCAAGGCUGGAAAAAAAUAAUAAUUUUGCUCACAAUUUUUUUCAGUGACAGAAGAAAUUCAAAAAUAAGAUUUUUCUGAGUUUCAAAUAAAUUUAGCACGUAAAACGUACUUGAAAAUAAGCUUGAAAUUUUUUUCGCGUACCUUUUUUUCUGUGUAGAAAGAUCUUCUUCAAAAAUCGAGGAUUCACUUUUUUAAGAUUCAAAGAAACUCAGAGCAUUAUGAGGCUCAUAAAGUUGAAUUUUCACUCAAAACCAUAUAUUUCAAUGCUAUAAAAAAAUUUCAAAACGAAGUUUUUUUAAGUUUCGAAGAAAUUUAGUGCGUUUGAAGCUGUAAAAAUUGAAUUUUUUUAUCAAAUUAUUGAUAAAAAUUUAAGGUUUUAUCUGUUGUGAGAUUUUAAGUUCUUUUUUUAAAGGACUUUUAACAUUUCAGGCUUUAAAUAAUGAGGUUUUACUCGCAAUAUAUUUUUUUCGAAGUUUGUGAGUUUCGAAGCAAACCAGUGCAUUUUAAAACUCUAAAACAAGAAAAUUCUGCACCCAACUGUUCAUAUAGUAAUAGAAGAACUUCAAAUUUCGAUUUUUUUAUUAGUAGCCGGGUUUUUAAUUUUCUGAGUUCCUAAGAAAUUUAAACCAUUUUUGAAAGCUUGAAAAAAAUUUUUCAUUCACUAAUUUUUUUAGUCGCAAUAUUUUUUUUCUUUUUUUAUUUUCAAGUUCAUUCCUUUAUAAAAUUGUGAACAAAAAGCCUCAUGACGGUUCUAUUUGAUACUCUUGAUUUUAUUUUCAAAUUAAUUAUUCGUUGAUUUUUUUCCAGGCGGUCCGACAAGGAAAGCUGCGACUUUUGCGAAAAGAUGACGUCAUCAAAGUUGACUCGAGUCCCACGCGAUUCCCGACCAUUUUGCAGAAGAGCGUGCAGAAAAUCAGCAUCGAUCCGUCCAAAAAAGUCAUCUCGGCCGUCGCGGACCUCAAUGGUCCGUUUUGAAAAGAUAAAAAAACAAUUUCCAUGCAAAAAGUCAAAGGAAAACUCAUUUAUUCAGGAAAAUUUAAAAAUGAUCAAAACAUUUUCCGAAGCAAGAUAAUAGAAAACAUUUUUUUAAAGAAAAGAUUGCUUUUUUCUGUUUUAUACAAUUUUUGAGAAAGUUUAAAGUUGAUUCCCGGAAAUAAUUGUAGAAAAAUUUUUGUGAGAAAUUCACAUGUAAGAUUAUUUUCAAUAGGAUUCUUGAGUAAAAAAACCUGAAAAAUUUAAAGAUUUUUCUCAGGUAAAAAAAUGUGUCCGGAGUGAAUUUUUUUCGAAAGAAGCAAUAUGAAAGAUAAAGAGAAUCUUGUUUCUAACUCAAAAAAAGAUAUCAUAUUUCCAGGAUUCCGUCUGCUCGUUCAACGCGGACCUUUCAUGUACCUGUGCCGGUUGACCGUCUUGGGAAAAAUCGCCUCCGAAGUCAAAUUGCCGAUUCAUUCGGAUAUUUUGUUCGCGAAUGGCGAUCCGAAGCUUGUCACUAUUGGCGAUGUCAGUUUUGAUUGAAGUGGAUAAUCUGAAAUAUUUGAAAACAUUAUUUUUUUUGUAAAAUCUUUAAAGUUUUAUCAAAGCGUCAAUGAAAAGCUUAGAGCGAGGUACUGGUUGGCAAUCAGUAAUUUUUGAACUUUCAAAAUUUUUUCGAUUUUUCUCUGAAAAGGAGCUGAAUUCCGUUAGUAGCAGUUUGAAUUAAAGAAAAAUCCUUACUUUUUCAUUUCAAUCACUUUAUUUUCGCAACAUCGGGAUGGUAUGGUGAUGUUGCAGGGAGGGAAAAAGACGACUAGGUGGAUUAACUAACCCCACCUGUAAAGAAAAAAAUUUGUGUGUCAGAGAAGAAACAUAGAAACAUAAUAAGUAGAUAUUUAAAACCAAGUUGAUUAUGGCAUUUGAACUCUUGAAAAAAACCUUAUUAUUAACCUUAUUUAUUUUUUUCACUUUGUGGAUGAGUAAAUUAUUAUUAUUAAUUAUUAUUAUAAAAAAAUAUGCUCGACGCCAACAUUCCCUGUAUACACUAAAAACGUGUCCUUAAAUUUUUUCUUGUUUUUUUCUGCCAAUAGUUCAUGUUCAAUGUCAUUCCAAACAUUAGUAAUGCGAUGUGAUAAGAAAUUGAAGAAAACCAGUGAAGGUUUCGUUUUUUUAUUAAUUUGAAAUUCAUAUUUCUUCUAUCAAAAAAAUAUGCGGAUUUUUCCCUUGAAAAGGAGCUUUAUUUCAAAAAGUGGUUGAGGGAUUUUGAAACAAGGCCAGGAUCGAAAAUUUCAUCCUACAAAACUUUUUUCUCCAAGAAAAAGGUCGCUAGCAUCACUAUGGCUUAUUUUACAAGCUUUUGAAGAUUUUCUAAUUCAUUUUGAGGCUUUUUUUUUCGAAAAAAUCCGAAAAUUGUGCAAGUUGGGACUUUAAGACAUUAUAUUGUUCAUGGAAGAGUUUUCAUAUCGAUUUUUAGAGAUUUGCGACCACAAAGUGGAAAAAACUUCUUUUUGAGUGUCUAAAUUUUCAACAAUAUUCAAAAAAAUAACGGCUGAUGUCAAUGUCGCAAAAACGGAAAAAAAAAUGGCCAAAUAGCUGUUUAGGUAUUUUGGAAGCUCUUUUCCGUAGCCUUUUCAGGAUCAGAGCCCUCUUUGCCCAUGAAAAAAUCGAAAUUCUUAGAAUCCGAAUUCUGAAUUCCAGGCCAGAACAAUCUUCAUCCAAGAGGCGAACGGCAGUUUGAUUCCGCUGGUCCGCGACGAGGUCCAAGGCAUUCGGGAGCCACCUCCAAUGCACGCUCCGCCCACGCGUUUCAUCGCCACUCAUGCCCGACCUGUCGAUGAAGUGGCCACCGUUUCGAAGGUAGUAUAUAAGCGAUUUGUAAGGCUAGAAAUGACGCGUAGCGGCUUGCGAAGCGGUCGAAGUCUUGCCAUUUUCUUAGGAAUGCCAUAGUGGUCGUUGGAGGGGUUAAGGAGAAAAAAAAAGCGUCUAUAGUGGAAAAAUAGUGCUUCCUAGAGGGCUGGAGUUUAAGUGAUCCCUAUAGAGGCUCAGGGUCUGAUCCUUGAAGCCCCUGAGUAGCUCCUAUAGUGGUUUCUUGAUUUUUAGUAUUUGAAAGUUAAAAAGGCGUGUAGGGACCACUCGCAUGCUCCCCUAGAGUGGCUACUUUUGCAAGCUUAGUACUUGAAUUUUCUGCGAAUUUUUUGAAUAAGAGGCGUAAAAAAACUUUAGUGGCUUCUUGAGAGGUUCCUAAAUUACUACUUGGAGAGAGCACUAAAAUGUCGAACCUCUGAAGUGUCCACUUAAAUUUUUCCUAGUAGAGCUAGAACUUUCAGGCGUUAUAAUGUGACUAGAAGGCGAAAAAUAUAGAUUUUCUGCGAUUCUUUGGGGUCUGAGGACUCAAAACAUUUUAGUGGCUACUUGAGAGGUUGCUCAAGGACAUCUUGGAGAGAGCAAUGAAACGUCAAAGCUCUAAAGUGGUCACUAGAAUUUUCCGAGUAGUUAGAACUUUUUGGCGUUAUAACUCGACUGAAAGAAAAAAGACUCGAAAUUUCUGCGAUUUUUUUGGGAUCAGAGGACUCCAAACACUUUAGUGGCUACUUGAGAGCUUGCUCAAGGGCUACUUGGAGAGGACGGUAAGCCCUUAGGUGGCCACUGAGACGUCGAAACCCUAGAGGGUCCACUAGAAAUUUCCCAGUAGUUAGAACUUUUUGCCGUUGUAACUGAAAUGAAAGGAGAAAAACUUGAGUUUUAUGCUACUUUUCGGUGUCCGAAAAAAAUCAGCGAAUUCUCAAACUGUGUCCUUUUCUUUGUAUGCAAAUAUGUGUGAAUAUGUGAAAAUGUAUGUUUUUCUAUUGAAGAACCACGGCUCGAGGUGGGAAGGGACUUUGGUCUGCGUGACGGGAACCGACAGCGAUAUCCAUCAUCGAUUCUUGCCCGCCACCAUGAGUCUCAUGCAUUUGGUCCUUUUCGCCGAUUAUGAAGGCGUCAAGGAUUGCCUCAACCAUCUGAGGUCUAUCAGAGGUUCGUUUGAAGGGAAAAAGGUUCUUUCAACAAAAAAAAAGCUUCUAGGCGUACCCAAGAGUUCUUCAUCAUGUCAUUUUCGCACCUUUAAUGAAAUUAUACUGGAAAGCCACUAGAAAUAUGCCAGCGGUUUCAAUUUUCCUUCAAAUAUUGAUUUUCCAGACUCGCACGCGAUCGACAUGGAGACGUACACGCGACUCAUGCGCGAAGAACUGAUGGGAAUGCCGUCGGACGGCUGCUGCAACGUCCUGCACGCCGCCCUGCGAAUCGCGGUCGCCGAGAAGAACUCGAACAACGUCGACAACGCGGCGCCGGCCCAGCCGCCGCAGCCCCCCGCGAAUCCCCCGAUGAUCGUCGGCGAACCUUCCCGCAACGUGAUCCAGGGCGGGGCGCCCGUUCCAGUCCUCUCCAUGCAGCAGAUCUUCGGAGAGCUCAACGACCUACACGGCCUGCAGCAGAUCAACAUCCAGCCGCCCAUCCCGCCCCAGCAGCAGCAGGAUGCUCCUAGUUCGUUCUUGAGUUGGAACAGAAAAAAUAGCGAGUUUCCCAGUCCCGAAGAGUACUGUAUGAGAAAGUCCGCAUUAUUUAGUAUGCGUUUGCACUUUUGCUGCGUGACGUUUAGGCUACUAAGUAUACCUGGCAAGAUAAAAGCGCGGUUUCUUGGCGAUGUCGCAGUGUUGCUUCAUAGCCGUGUAAGACUCGCAUUUUCCUUGACGCGAUCUCGCUGGCGGUACUUUGACGAUAUCGCAAAAUUGCUGCUUUUUAUCCGCGUCAGACUCGCAUUUUCCUUGACGCGAUCUCGUUGGCGGUACCAUGAAGAUAUCGCUGAAGUUCUGCUUUUUGGAAGAUUUCGUCUCGCAUAUAUUUUUCGCGUUUUCGUUUGCACAUUGGCGAUAUCGCAAAAGUUCUGCUGUCUAUCCGAAUAAUACUCGCGUUUUCCUUGAAGCGAUAUCGUUGGCGGUAAAUUUACGAUAUCGCCAGAAUUGCUGCUUUUUACAAUGUUCAUUUAUUUUUUGCUUUUUCGUUUGCGACACAUUGGCGAUAUCGCAAAAAGCGCUGCUUGGUAGCCACGUCGAUCUUGCGUUUUUCUUCCCCCUCACGGUAAAUUGACGAUAUCACAAAAGAGAGGCUUUUCAACCGCUUCGGUUUCGCGAUCUCUAUUGAGGUACAUUACCGAUAUCGUAAAAGGGCUGUCUUUUAGUUGCGUCGCGCAAUUUCGCGAUUUUUCUUCGUGCGUUAGAAACGCGAUGUCGCGUCAAGGAGAAGGCGAGGUUGGAGCAGCGGUGAAAAAGCGGCCGUACCGCUGACUGACAUCGCUUUCCUUUUGCGCCGGACUUGGCCUUAUUUGAAUUUUCUUCUUGGGUAACGUUACGCAACAAAAGUGCACGUCUCAGGAAUUUUACUUACAGUACUCUUUGGAAUAAAAAAUUUCGUCAUGGCGUUAAAAAUUCUAAGUGUUUUUAAUGUGCGGAAGUACAGGACGAAAACUUCGGGAAAAAAAAACAAACUUAAAAUUAAGUUUUAAGCUAGGGAAGGUGGUGCUAAUAAGAGAAUAGUUCAAAUUGUUUUAGGCUAAAUUUUAUCAAUCAAAAAACUUUUCAUUCAGAUCGAUGGCAAUCAGUCCUUCGAGGAAGGUCCAACCGAAGAUCGGACGGCUCUGGAGGAGAAAGUCCGGGAAAUCGUCCAGAUCCUGCUGAGCUCAGCCAGCUCCUGAGAGGUUGGUAGAAGAAAAUACAGCGAAUUUUGAGCCAAGAAGGAGUUUUAGUGAGAUGAAACUAGAAAGAGAGUGUUCUAUUCGAAGUUUCCGGUGUUAUAGUAGUCAAAUUAGUGACCCCUUGAGGGGUUAAAAAUUAGUAUCUACUAUAGAGGUCUAAGUGUUACUACUAGACAACUAAACAUUUUAGUGGCCACUUUAGGGGUCAAUGGAUCACCAUAACUGGUCCAAUCUGUUUGUUUUAAAUUAUCAGAGUUACUGGAAGGAAUACUGGAUGAAAAACUACUGAAGUGGCCACUGAAACGGAAAAUAGUGGCCACUUUAGUGUCCUUUCCAAGUAGUCCUUGGCGAGCCUCUAUAGUGGCCACUUAAAAUCUUCCCAGUAUAUUCGUUUUUUUUUGAGAUGUCCCGGAGGAAUACCCCAGAGUCCCGCCAGGGCCCAUCGAACUCGCCAUCCGACUGAAACGAUACAACCGACCGCCGAACCCGCCUCCCUACGCGACUGGCAACCCGAUCAGCGAUCCCGUCGAGCGACAACGCAACGCGAUCCGCAUCAUCGAGCUGAUCACGACCCAUCUGGCCGUCUGCGAACGCUACGAGGACAGCGCCCGAGACGCGCUCAUGCUGGGCCCGCUCAGCGACACGUUGAAGCAGUGCGACGUCACCGGAAUGACCCCCUUCAUGCUGGCCAUCCAUCUGAGGUCCUACGUCGCCGCCCGCCACAUCUGGAAGGCCAUCACCGGCCUGGCCAAGGUGACUAGUCAGAUUUCUUUGGAAGAACUGGGGGAGAGGAGAGUUGACAAUGAAACAUGGGAUGAAAUUGUUCACCUUUUCGUUCUCAGGAAUGAAUAGAGCCAUUCAAAGGCAUAUGAGCAGUUUUUAACAAGAUUUGAGGUGAAAGUAGAGAAUGGAAAUUCGAAAAAAACAAAGAAAAAAGCGGAAAUUCGAAAAAUGGCGAUGCCUGUUGUCCGUAGAGCAACUUUACUUCGAAACGCCCUUUUCGCGGUCAUUCAAAUUAUUUUCCACUCUGAGCUAUUUUUCCUCCAAAACUAGAAAGUCUAAACGUUUCCAAUUUCAUUGUCCCACGCGGUUUGGAAUAUUAUGAAAGUUGGCUCGGAGAAGUUCUAGCUGAUUCCUCACUGUUUAACCUGAAAAAACUUUUAUUGGAGGUAGUGAAUUUUGAACUUACGAAGUGAUGGACACGCCCCGGAAGUUUUCUGAGCGUUUCUAGGUACCACAGUGCACUGAAAGAGUCAGGACGCUUCUGAUCGAUUCUAGAAACGUUUUAAGAGCUCUGACGCCGCUAAAGUGGUCCGGACACUUUUAAGCAGUUCUAGGGACCCCUCAAGAGUUGUGAUGCCGCUUAAGUGGUCACUAGAAAUCUCGGAAACGUCUGGGGCGUGUCACAAAAAUCCGAGUAAAAGCGAAUUUCUGUGCUUUGGAAAAUCUUGACUACCAGAAUAGAAGACUUUCACGAGAAUUUUUGAGAUUAUUUUCAAAAUUUUCAAAAUAUACUGACCUCGCUUGUUAGAUUUUGUGUCAAGAAAUUUAAGCUCCGCCCCUAAGGCCGCAAUAAUCCAAUUAGUGAUUGAGCACAUAGUUUUUUUGAAUGACGUCACUGUGCUUUACAUUCAAAAUCUGAGCAAACUACACAUAAAAUUCGAAAUUUUCGCUUACUAUUCAAAUUAUUAGUCACCUUUUUCACUUUCUAACAGGUUUUGAAUUUCGCAUAAUUGUUCUAAACACGGCAAUAGGGGCUCCUUCUCGAGUAUUUGAAUCCUAGAACUCCUGGGAAGAAACAGUCCUAAAUCCUUGAACUCUUAAAAAGCUAAAAGGCUUGAAAAAUGGAUAAAAAGUAGCAAAACAAAUCGAUUCUCCAAUGAACCCUACUCUACAUCUUUCGGUGUCCUUUUAGAAGCUCUUUUGAGAAUUUUCGGCAAAAUUUUUCAAUUUUUUCAAAUUAAGCGCCAUGUGAACAUGGACUAUGUGUUCCCGACCCAAAACCAGAACUCCUACUGCAACCCGGACAACUCGCCGCUCUUCCUGCUCUGCUACAACGACACCUGUUCGUUCACCUGGACCGGGGAAGAUCACAUCAAUCAGGUGAUUAUCUUAGAGAAAGUAACGGGAAAAUAAUAUUUUUACCGUUUUUAUCAUUUUUAUUAAUUGUGUAAUUUUUUUCUUAACAAAGAAAGAAGAAGCUCAAAAUCUUUAAUCAUGUUCGAGAAAUCAGUUACGUUUUUUCUGCUCCAUAAGCGAUCCUUUCAGACUAAACUUGCACUUAUCUUUCGAAAGCGUGCUUUCCUUUCCGGGUGAGAACGAAGAUUUGUAAGAAUGAGCUCAAAAAUGUGUUUCUUUAGGAAAAAAAAUCAGUCGCUUUUCAUUUAUUCAUAACAGGUCUUGAUCAUGUUAUUCCGUUCUUACCUCUCAAUAAAUGUUAUAAAGGAGGUGUUUAAGGACAUUUACGAGUGCCGAACUUGUGGCCUGACAGGCUCUCUGUGCUGCUGCUCCGAAUGCGCCUUGACUUGUCAUCGGAAUCACGACUGCAAGCUGAAGCGGACCUCGCCCACGGCCUAUUGCGACUGCUGGGAGAAGUGCCCUUGCAAGGCUUUGGUCCGUUUUUUGGAAAUAACCGUGCAUCUCAAAGACAUCUUCCAGGUGGCCGGCAGCGAAAAGAAACGCGAAGAACUGCUCCUAGAGCUCCUAAACCACACGCGCCUCUACGAGAAGCUCAACGGCCGCGGCGAACACCUCCUCCUCUUCCUGGCCCGCACCAUCAUUCGCCAGCAACGCGAGCAGUCGUGUGUCCAGCCGCGGUCCAGUCGCCGUCGCGGACAUUACCCCGGCGACCGCGACUCGCCCGCCGCCUCCAUCAACAUGCCCGAACACGACCUCCUCCCGCCCACCUUUGCCAAAUUCGCCAUGGAAGCUUGUCUCAAGAAAUACGACAUUUUGAGAAGCGCCAUCGAAGUCGGACUCGUCUCGCCGUCGACGUGAGUAGAGGGGGAAUUAAGAAAUAAUUGAAAGAAAUUAUAAAUUCCUUCAAGAUCAGUAGAUGAGUUUUUAGAAGGUCAGAAUAAAAUUUGAGGCUUGGAAGAUCAGGAUUCACUAGAUCAGAAAAUCAUCAGCUUGGAAGAUCAUCAGAUUCACUAUAGUAUGUUCAGAUUUUGAAUGUCAACCAGCUAACUCCGCCCCUCAUCGCGCGGGACUAAUUUUGAUCUUUUUCGAUCUAAAAAAUAGAAAAAGAGGUCAAAAAAGCAGCCUUAUUAAAGGGCCAUUGGCAUAUGUAGAUAAAACAUUGACGCGAAAGAUAUUGUAGCCUUGGGGGUGGAGUUAGCUGCUUGACAUUCAAAAUCUGAACAGACUAUAGAUCAGAAAAACCUUCGCGCUGUAGAAGAACAGUGAAGAUCACAGAUUAGUAAAUCAAAGAUCAAAGAUCAAUAUAUUAAUAGAUCAGUAAGCAUCAAGGCAUAAAGAUCAAUAAAGAUCCGAGAUCAGUUAAGAUUUAAGAUCAGUUGGAAAUCAGUAGAUCAAUGAAGAUUAAGGAUUUGUAGAUCACUAGUGAAAGAUUAGAAUGAACUUCAAGGCAUAAAAAAAACAGUAGAGGCGAAAAAUCAGAAUAACUUUUAAAAUGUAGAGAACCAUCAACGUUCAUUAAUAGUAGAAAAGGAAUAAGCCUUAAGGCAUAGUAGAUCAGAAAAAAAUCAAAGAUGAGUAAAGAUCAAAUAUCAGUUAACAUAGUAGAUUAGUAAAUGUCAGUAGAGUAAUAAAAAAUAUUGAGAUCAACUUUAAGGCUCAAAAGAUCUGCAAAGAUCAAAGUGAUGGAGUCAAAAGAUCAGAAUAAGCUUCGAGGCUUAAAACAUUAGUAGUGAUAGAUUUUCGGAAACGCAGUUGAAGAAAAGCUACCGUAAACGCAAGAUUUUGCGCUUUUGAUUGCGGGGUCCGACUUGUGUGCGAAUUUUCUCCGAUUAGUUUGAAAAUUCAUUCAUAUUUUCAGAACCGAGGAGAUGAGCCGCGACGAAAUGCAUCUGAACGUCCAAAGUGGAGCCACGCAUCUUGACAAAUUGGUCUUCUGCCUGCUGAAUAAGUCCAUGGAAAAGGUCCUGAUUCCUUCUUUUUAGAGCAGUACGAGGGUCGGCCCGUAAGCCUAAUUUGAACGGCUCGGAUUUAAAAAUUUUCCGCACAGUCAUAUCGAUUUUUAUUAUAUUUAUUCGACAUUUUUCAGUACCUCCGAAUGGUGAUCAACACGUUGGUCGCCGAAUCGACGAGUUACGUUGCCAAGCAAAAUUUCAACUUUGAAGUGGUGGGUUUAUAUCAAAACAUUCAUAAAGGGCCUUUAUUUGAAAAAAAAUAUGUUCAAAAGGAAGAAUGAACUUUUUUUUCACUCUAAAAGCAGUAUAUGACUACACUUUCAUUUGGAGAAAACAUAAAUUUUUAUUCAAAAUUUCGGUUUUUCCGUGACCAAGAAAAAAACGUCUUGAUGAGAGAAACAGUUCAAUUUUCAGUUAUCCUCGAGAUUCAUGAGAAGUAUCGUUCGACUUUUGACGCUCUGCUUUAAUGUUUCUCCCGUUGCCGCCUCGACUGUUCUCACGGGUUUCUUUUUCUUCACUGAUAAAAAUAAGGGCUGCGCGUCUUAGGAACUCCAGAGUGGUCCCUAUAGGGGCGACCUUAGGCGCCCUUGAACGUUCCCCUUCUGCGGCCACUUCAGGAGAGCAUUCUAGCGGUCCUUAUUCGUCUUUUCAACUUAGACCACUAUAGGGGCUACUUGAGCUUUAGGGACUUGACCCUGAACCGCUUGAGGUACCAUAUGAAUUUCACCCCUAGACGGCCCUUUUCUAUCCCCUGUAGGGUCUCUAAUUUCCCUUAACCCUAUAGGGAUCACUCUGCGGUUUCUGAGGUAGUCUGGCCUUGGAGGCCCGUGUCUCAAAAGGUUUUGAACCGUGGAUCAAGUGAUCAAAAACUUGGUUAAAUUUAAAUUAGAAUCAUUCAACUUUGAAAUCAAAAGCAAAAAAUCCAGAAUUAUAACUAGAAAAAGCCCUGGGCAAAAUUUCAUUUGUUGAUGACAGAUUUACCUUUUGAAUGAAUAAAAAGUUCUGAUUUUCUUAGGAAAAGCCCCCGAGCCAUUCACCUCGCCUCGUGACGACCACAAGAACAGAUUGAUCCAAGCGAUCGCCAUGUCCGGUUUUCUGCAUGUUCGACGGGAUCCUACCAACAAGGCCGAUCGGACCAACGCGUGAGUUUGAUGGGGAAAAAAGCGGGCGGAAAUCGGGUAUAACCGGUCGUUUUCGCUUCUGAAUCCAAUUUGACACCGAGUGAGAUUGGAGGGAAAAAAUAGGGCGAAAAUCGGGUGUAAUCGGCCUUUUUCGCUUCAGAAUUCAAGUUUAUUACUGAGUGAGAUUGAAGGGUAAAAAUAAGGCGAAAAUCGGGUAUGACCGGUCUUUUUUGCAUCGUAUUUUAAUUAUACCAUUGCUCGAGUGUAUGAAAAAAAAAAAUAAUGGGCAGAAAUCGGGUUUGACCGAAAAUUUUCGCUUAUAAAUGAAGUUUCACAAUGAAUAAGUUUAAAGGAAAAAAAAUGGGCGAAAAUCGGGUAUGACCGGUUGCUUUCGCUUCAGAAUGUUUUCCACAAAUUCUUGGGUUCAUAAGAGAAAAACGGGCGAAAAACGGGUAUGACUGGCCAUUUUCGCUUAGAAUUCAAUCUGACCACUGAGUAAGUUUGAAGGGAGGAAUUGGGCGAUUAUCGGGCAUGACCUAUCUAGUUACUUCAAGGGACGUUUAAUGGGAAAAAUGCGAUAAAAAAUGAAAAAAAUUUCCUGGUACCGGAAUAGACGGGGCUCCAUCGACGGGCCGAUUAAAAAUUUCAAUUUUUAAAGAAUCGCCAACGUCGUCCUCCGAGGAAUCGAAGUGCUUCGGUCCCUCCCGAUGGUCGCCCUGGUGGAAGUCGUCGGAACGGCCGACGCCCUCUUCUCGACGGUUCGCUACGGCGUCGCAAGGGAAAUGAUCAACCCCAUCAUGCUCGGCAACCAUGACCCUCUUGAAGUCCUCCUCUCCUCAUUUAUCCAUUUUCAUCCCGAUUUUCCAGGUCAUUGACAAGUUCCUCACCUCGGAACAGUCCUACCAAGACCUCCUGCAAAAAGUUCGAUCGGAAGCUGAAAAUGCGGAGUUUUCUUCGAAGAGAAAGAGAAAGGUACAGGGAAUCUAUAGCGUCUGAUUUCUCUGCGAUGCUCUCAUUUUUACGUGCUGUUUUUGCCGUCCUUUGAGCUCACUGGAGAGAGAGAAGAGAGCGCAGACAAGUUAGACUGUCAAGAGUCAUGAGAGUCGACAAAACUUGAAAAAGUCGGUUUUCUCUGCAACGCUCCUAUUUUUUCAUGCUUUUUCAUUUUUCUUUAACCUAACCAGUGAGGGAGAAGAGAGCGCAGAUAGGUCAGAUGGUUCAUUUCGUGAAAAAUUGAGUAUAUAUCAACAGAAACUUUCUGAUUUCUCUGCGACGCUCUCAUUAUUACAUGCUAUUUUUGCCCUUCUUUGACCUCACUGGAGAGAGAGAGAGAAGAGACGCAAACAAGUUAGAACGCCAAGAGUCAUAAGAGUCGACAGAACUUGAAGACGUCUGAUUUCUCUGCGACACUUUCAUUUUUACAUGCUCUUUUUAUUUUCCUUGACCUCGCCGGUGAGGGAGAAGAAAGCGCAGACAGGUCAGACUGUUAAAAGUCAUAAGAUUCGAAAAUGUCUGAUCUCUCUGCGAUGCUCUCAUUUUACAUGCUGUUUCAUUAUUUUUUGACCUCACUGGAGUGAGAGAUAAGAGAGCGCAGACAAGUCAGGCGGUCAAAAAUAUUAGCAUAUCGAGUAUAUAGCCCGGUCAACGAAACAUGUAACCGUCUGAAUUUUUUUUUCAUGCUUUUUUAUGUUUCUUUGGCCUCACUCGAAAGAGGAAGAAGAGACGCAGACAAGUUAGACUUUUUAUUCGAAAAAGAUUUAUAAGAGGAAAUUUAUAGAGCAGCCGAAAAGAGACGGAACGCGAGGAGGAAGAACGACGAGAGAGCGAGGAGGACGUGGAGAGUGAAGCCGGUGAGAGACUUUUUGAAAGGAGAAUUCUGUGCUCGACUUGCAUGCUCCCACUGAAUAUAGAAAUUUAAAAAAAUCAAAUAAGUUAUUUUUAUUCAAUCACAGAUUUUUGGAAAAUGUCGAAUUUCGCGGUAGUUUACUUUAAAAAAUGAAAAAUGAUGAAAAGAGCCGUUAAAAAAAAUUAAAAUGGAAAAAAUGUUUAUUUUGAUCGCUCAAAGAAAAAUCUAAUAAUGCGAAAAUGGGUAUUUUUGAAAAUAUAAUUGAAUUUGGAAGUUCUCACCACUUAAGUGAUCUCUUGAUUGGUUAGUUUAGCCAUUCCAAAUGCGGCUAUCAACUUGGUAUGACUUUAGUAAAAAGAAAUGAUAUAAUGAACUUUUAAACGGAGAAAAUUCAUAAAUUGCUUAUUUUCCGAAAAAAAAGUUAUUUAUUUUCAAGAAACAAUGUUAAGGGAGAUAAAAAUAGCCUCUUUGGGAGUUUUAAAUGGAUUUUUUUCUGAGUUUCAAAGAAGACAGAUAUGAAAAUUCUGUCUUGGAAAAAAAAAUUCGAAAAAAUCGUUAGAAUUGAAAAAAAAAAGUUCAACAAGCUUGCGUUGCACUAUGAAAAAAAUAUUAGAAAUGAUAAAAAUAAUGAAAAAAUCGCGAUAAUUUGGAUAAGUUAUUUCGAAAAACCCUGGAUAGUUCAAAAAAAAAAAAAAACAAGUUCAACACAUUCGAUUCAACAAGUUAUUGCACAAAAAUGGCCCCACCUCCACCUUGUUCUCAACGAGAAUUCUCAAAAAAGCCCAACUGCACAGGCGACGGAUCGCAGCCGCCGUCGACGCAGCGACGGCGACGUCGCUUCGACGACAGCGUGUCGCGAGACUCGGCGACUGGUCGAGCCAGCGAUUUCGAAAGUUGGUUUCCGUGUGGUUUGUCGGCCCCGUCGUCGUCCGCUUUGCAUGGGCAUGUUGCUCUGUUUUUCGGAAUUUCGAUGGGAAAUCUCCAAGUCCACUAAAAGAAUAGACAUAAGUUGGAAGAUAAGUUGAGAAUUUUUUUAAAAAAAUUUGGGUUUUCCGGGUUUUUUUCGGUGCCUAGGUUCAAUGGAAUCGGAAAAAGCCUCGAAAAAUUAAAAAAAGAGACUUGAUUUUAAUAGGAGUUCUUCAUUAAAAUAAGCUCGAUUUUAAGCUUUUUGCAUCAUUUGAUUCACUUUCAGUAGUUGGAAGGGAAAUCUUUUAAAAACAGUCAGAAUUGGAAAAAAAGUAAUUGAGUUAUGGGAAUAAAUGCCCACACUGCAAGAAGCUUGGCAUUUUUUUCCUGGUUUUUUUCCAUUUUAGAAAAUUAUUUUUUUUAAAUUUUUUUAUUUGGUAACCUAUAAGAUUGGCAUUUUCAGUUUUUAUGACAAAGAAAAACGGCAUUCUGAGAUAAUUCACCAUUUUCUCCGUGGAGCGCGCAUGCUCAAAAUAAACAGCUUUUUUGUAGAGCCAUUUUUUUUCCAGCGAUUACUGAAUCUUUUUGUUUUCAGAGUGCUUUUUCUCUUCUUUUUUUUUGAGCUUAUGAAUUUCUGAUUUUUUCCAGUGAUCGACCCCGAGGAAAACCAGCCCGAGGCGAGUAAUUCUGGCGAUGCUCCACCUGCUGAAGACAACUCGGGAAGCUCGAGAAGAGGAAGGUCGACGUCCUUCGGCGACGCUCCUCCGCCAGCCGAGGGCUUCAGAAGCGACGGCGACGAAUCGACGGACAAUGACGACGACGAGGAGGGCGACGACGACGAUGAUGAUGACAGCGAUGAGAAUCGACAGGCUCUUGUCCACUUUUUGGCUGAUGAGGACGACGAGAUGGAGUAUGAGGAGGCCGCCGAGGGGGCCGAGAGAGGCGAGUUUGACUAGGUGGUGGAACAAGGGCUUGAGGGUUCAAAGAAGAAUUCCAAACGUGUAGUUGAACAAGUUGGAUCAAGAAGUUCAAAAGUGUAGUUGAUCAAGUUGGAUCAAGAAAUCCGAAUUUGUAGUUGGUCAAGUUGAAUCUAGGAGUCGGGACAUGUAGUUGAUCAAGUUGGACUUAGAAGUUCAAGCGUGUAGUUGAUCAAGUUGAAUCAAAAGGUCCAAACAUGAAGUUGAUCAAGUUAAGGUCAUGGUUUUGCUUCCUUCGCCUCGUUCUUCAGCGCGUAGUCCAUUUAGUUGCGCUUUGAGAAUGUAGCGGAUCUUAAAGCUGGACCCUUAGAUCGAGCUCUAGGUGGAAGCCUCGGAAUAAGAGCGAUUAUUUCGAGUAGCCGGAAACGUUUCAUCAUUUUCUCCGUGGAGCGCGCAUGCUCACGAAAAUUAGCUUCUUUGUAGAUGCGGUAGAUACUUUUAAAAGAGAAAAACUUGAAAAAAGUCAUCCACGAAAUCUUUUGAGAGGUGAAAGGCGCUCGCAAUGAUUAUAGCUAAAUCAAGGCUGAUCCGAGCUAUCUAAAAAAAAGGGUCCUGACACGAUCAAAACGACGAGAUAGUGUCUGUCUGGUAGAGAGUGCAGACAGGCCAUGUCCAAAGCCGUGUCGAUUUUUUUUUCUUUUUUUCCUAUUCCAUAAAAAAUGUUCGAUUUUUGAUUAAACUGAGUUUUUUUGUCUAUGAUCCCUCUGUUUAGUUUGGUUCGAAACCCAAUCGCCGGACGGUGAAUACGAAGAUGAUAACGGGCAAGGAAACGCGGAUAACGCUGAUGACCAAGAAGGAGAAGACCAGUCGGAAAAUCGGCAAGGCGACGCCUCGGAAAGCCGCGAAAACGAUGAAAGUCCCGAAAAUGACGAUUCCAAUGCGGUAUAUUCGAGAAACAAAGAGUGAUUUUUGAAGAGUGAGGCUUCAGGAUGAAGCUGCGGAACCUUCCGGAAACCAGGAACCGGCAGUUGAAGUUUUUGCUGCAAUGGAACCGGGUUGGUUUGAUUUUUAGGGAAAGAUAGGGAAAAACUUCAAAAAAGGCUUAUUUUUUUUUCGAACUAACUGUAUUUCUAGUCAACUUUUCAGGUAGAAACUUCAGUUUUUCAAGUUUUUUUCAAAAUUGUCUCUGUUCGAAAAGUAACAAGGCUAUUCCUCGGUGAUAAGAUCAAAAUCUUAAAAGUCUGAAAAUUCCAACCUUCAGAAAUUCACAGAAUCAAAUUUUUUUUUUCGAAAUAAUCAUUUCUGAGUCUUCAUCAAGUACAUCAGUGAAGAUUUUGUCGUUUUGAAAAAUUGUGAUUUUUAAAAAAACAAAAAUUACAAGCGUCUUUUCAAAAACUGUUUGAAAAGCUUAGAAAAUUUUACCUCAAACAGUACUUUGGCCCAUAUUUCGUUCUUCCUUACAAGUGAAUUCUAACAGUUUUUCGCCAAUAAAAAUCUGUGAAAAUCCAUUUUUCAGACAUGGAACGAAUCGCGGCGCAGGCGGAAGCUCAAGUCCAACAGCCAGUUUUGAAUGAAGACGUGGCGCCGUCGUUCUUCAACGACGCGAUGAGUUCGGCCCGUGUCCGCGUCUUCGACCCCGUCCCCACCUCGCGAUCUUCAAUCCAAAGAAGCGAGAGAAACCCCGUCGCCGCCUCCAGCGAUGCUCCAUCCACAAGUCGCUCCGGUCCAACUUCUUCGGCGCCGCCGGCCUCGACGUCUUCGGCGCCUUCUGGAAGGGAACGCGACCGCGAACGGAGAGACCGUGACAGGGACAGAGAUCGGGAGAGAGACAGAGACAGGGAGAGAGAGCGUAGCGAGGUCAGCACCGCUCGAACCGCCACUAGCAACCCUUCAACGUCUUCCAAGUCGCCCAAACAGCCUCCGGAUGAGCUGGUCAAGCCGUCGGUUGCUCAGGUGUGGCUUUUGGGGGAGACUUUAGCUUUCAGAAAGAAGGGGAAACCAUGAAAUCUAGGGUUUAGAAAGAUUUUUUGACCUCCGGGGGAUGGUCAAGCCGCCGGUUGCUCAGAUGUGGGUUUUAGAUGGUCUUGAGCUUCAGUUUAACUAUGAAAGUUCUUCGGAUUGCUAAUUGAGCCAGCUGAGAUCAUUUUGUACUUAUAAGUAGCAUGAAGAGGUUUGAAGGCAUUUUCGAUUUUUUACCUUCCAAAGACUUUCUGAACACCGUCUUAGGUGUGCCUUUUGAGGUGCGGAAGGGGGACUUUAGCUUUCAGAAAGAAGGGGAAACCAUGAAAUCUAGGUUUUUGGAAAGAUUUUUUGACUUCCGGAUGAGCUGGUCAAGCCGUCGGUUGCUCAGAUGUGGGUUUUAGAUGGUCUUGAGCUUCAGUUUAGCUAUAAAUGUCACUCGGUUGCUAAUUGAUCCAGCUGAGAUCAUUUUGUACUUAUAAGUAGCAUGAAGAUGUGGGAAUCUAGCAGCCAUUUUCAUCUUUUCACCUUCCAAAGACUUUCUGAACACUGUCCCAGGGCCUUCAAGACCUUCUAGCUUCCAUUCACCUCUUAAAUUCCUGCUGGUUAAGAAAUUACUAAGAUGAAGUACCGAGAAAGAAGAGGAAUCAUGAACUGAAGCUUUUUAGAGAGAUUUUUCGGCUUAAAGUUGAAUUUUGAAUGGUUUUUUGACCUCCGGUUGAGCUGUCUCUUGCUCAGUUCUGCCUUUGGGCGUGGUCUUGAGCUUUUAUUCCUAUAGGAUUUCGAUUAAAAGACCUACAGAUGAGCUGGUCAAGCCGUCGGUUGCUCAGGUGUGAUGUUAGGGGGUGGUUAUGAGAUUUUAGAAAGAAGGGAUGCCUAUAAACUAUAGGGUUUCGGUUCAAAGACCCACGGAUGAACUGGUCAAGCCGUGUUACUUUUAAAAACCUUGAGCUCUCAGUUCAGCUAGAAAUGUUCUUCGGAUUGAUAAAUAGUCCAGCAGAGAUCAUUUGGAAAUUUUCUUAAGCACGAAAAAGCCCUUCCUAGUACCUUGACUGACAGCCUGGCUCGGCGCGGGAGAAAAGCGAUGUCGUUGGCGGUAUAGUGACAACAUCGCAAAUCGCUUAGUAACGGUGCCGAGCUCGGCCAAAAAGUGCGGCCUACACCUCGAAAAGUGCGGCCUAUCUCGGUAUAUUUUCAAAUUUUUUUUUUCGCGCGCAAAAGGCUGGCGGUGGUUUCCAGCCGAUGUAUGGUGUCGAGAAAGAUUCUAGACCGAUGCAGCACUUUUGCGAUAUCGCCAAUGUACCGCUAAAUACCUCGCGUACACUUGAGAAAUUAUUUUUUUAUGUCGAAAGAAGUUGUAUGACUAGAUUAUUACUUUGGUUUUUAAUGAAGGUUUCGUCUAGGAGUUGAACUUUAGGAAGGCUUUUUGACCUGAUGAUCAGAGUUUGAUUAUGCUCUCGAAGUUCUUAAAAACCAAAGUUAAAUGAAAAAGUAAGAUACCCAUGAAAUCCUGAAAAUAUCUGUGCUGCAGGUAAAGUUCACCUUUUUCAGGCCAGCAACCAAAUGGCAUUGACUUUCACGCUUUUAACGCGUAUCACUUGCGAUUUGAUGUUCCUGAUCUCCGCUUCGGUCGACAGCGUCAAGUUCGAGAAGCUGGAUAAGGUGAGGAGGUUUUGAAGGAUAGGCAAGUUUAAAAAGGAUUUUGAGACGAAAAGCAAUUUUUUUUUUGUAGACUUAUGCGCCUUUUAAAAUAUUCUUGCAAGCCAUCAGGAGCUCUGAAAAACUGAAAAUGCGCUCCAGCGAACAAAAUUCCUGAUUGGCUGGACACGCCCCCUUUUUUUGCUAUCUUUCCUGACAGGUGUUCACUAGAGCGCACUUGCACAAAAACUCGAGGUUUCUCAUAAUUGAGACUUUCCGGGCGUUUGGGCGGAACACUGGGGCUUCUAGUUGGUUCAGGCUAAACUUACGUGAAUUUUUUUGUUGGGGGAUUCUGACAAUUUCCUAAAAACCAACCCAAACGGACCGGGAAUCACUCGGAUCAUGCUGACUUCGCUUUUAGAGUAUUCCCGAAUUAAAAAAAAAGCCAAAAAAUCAAAAACGAAAAAAUGAAACUUGAAAAUCAGUUGGAUAACUCGCUUACUAAAAUAUGAACAUGUCGGAAAUGUCAACAACUUUGAGAAUAUAAAUAAAUAUAAAUAAAGCUCUUGAAACAGAUAUCAGUCCUUCAAUGUUCCAAAAUUUUCUAAAAUAAGUUUUAAAUGUAUUUUCCGAAUUUUUGAUGGACAAAGGAGACGAUUUUUUAUUUAAUAUCAUUGAUUUCUGAGGGAAUUUAUUUCGGAUUUCUUCUGUCUAGCCAUAUCCAGCUUCAAAAAUGACAAGAAGUCGUUCAGAUCCUCCUCCAUGUCGACACGAUCCUGGGCAGGUCUUUCGAAUGGGUCCGGAUGAACCUGGACAACAUGGAAUCCCAGUUGUUGUUCAACGCCGGUCUGAGGGAACGCGGCAUCAAAACGCCCGGAGAUCCGUUCUCCUCCCGGACCAAUCAGCCUCAGAGCCAGCACUCGACGCCCGAGAAGAAGUCGGACGAUUCGAGUGGAUCGGGUAAGAUUUUUGGGUUACUUUUUAAGUUUUUUUGAAAGUUGGGAAUAGAAAUGGAGGGGGUUUUGAAUAAGAAACAGCCCCUCCCCCUCCUAAUAUUUGAUACGGCCCUCAAAGGUCUUCGAUUUCAACCCUCCAUGAAAAAGUCUUCGUUUUUACCUUCCGCCGUCAAGCAAACUUUGGCUAAAGACGGGGGUGGGGGCUUUUUCGGACGUGGAAGGCUGUACCCGGAGGGGAGGUAGGGGACACUUUUGAAAUCUCAGCCCCCCGUACUAUGUGAUUCAGCCUUCCAAAAGUCUUCGAUUUCAACCUCUUUCUCCCCCCCUUUUUCUCAAAAAAACAUAGCUUGGGGGAGGGCUUUUUUUGGACGUGGAAGGUUGUACCUGGGAGGAAGGAAAGGGGCAAUUUUAGAAUCUCAGUCCCCCCGUACUGUUUGAUUUUUGAUUCAUCCCGACAUGAAAAAGUUCUUCGUUUUCACUCGCCCCCCCUUUUCCUCAUUAAAAAUUUGGCUUGGGAGGAGAGGCUUUUUUUUCGGACGUGGGGGCUUUAACCGGUUUUUUAAGAAAAAUUUAAAUGAUAUUUUCCAACUUUUUGUAUAGUUUUACAUUGAAUGUACCUAUUCACUUUUCUCAGACGUCUCUGCUGGUCGCCGUGAUGCUUUCUCCUACUUGAUGUCCAUAAUGAGAUGUGCCAGGGAUGAGGCUCGAGACACGCCUCUCGACAUUGACUAUAGUGUAAGUUGUAAAUUUUGAGGUGUUCGAUAAAAAAGUUACAAAAAAUGAUUUUCCAGCUUCUGACCGCCUUGGCCUACGGACUCGACGCCUACUUGGUCUACACGGAAGCCACUCGUCACCCUCCACCCGUUGGUUACUGUAGUUGUAACUACAGUAUUCCCAUGUUUCAGACCUGGAAAGUACUGCUCGAUCAGUUCGACGACGCUGAACGUAGGUCGACCAUCUCCAAGACGGUCAUCGACAAGGACCUCAUCAGGACCUUCUACAGAAGAUCCAAGUCGAUUUCCUAUCUGGAGGACACCAGCGACGGCUGCUGGGACACCUUGACCAAUGAUGACGCCACCCCGAGUAUUAGUAUCCAGGUCCUGACAGAGUUUAUUGAGGAAGAUGGGGGGGGGCAGAAGUUAGAGGCCAGGGUGAAAAGAAAUUUUUUUUUCGGUUUUUUAGUCCCUUUUUCGUGACUUGAAGGACUUCUUGCGCCCUCCCUGUCCCUCGGCGACCCUCUCAAGAUGACCUGCUAUUUCCUUACUUCUCUGACCUCUGCGAAAGAACAUAGAGUCGCAGAGAUGUCAGACUCUUUGAAGUCGCGGCGAAAUGAUCAUAGGGCAUUGUGUAGUCUAUUCCUGUCGACUUAAAAUACUUCUCAGCGCCCUCCAUGUCUCUCGGUGACCCUCUCAUAUUGACCUACUAUUUCCUUAGUUCUCUGACUUCUGUGAGAGAGCAGAGAGACGCAGAGAUGUCAGAAUAUUUGAAGUCGUUGCGAAUGGACUAUAGCGCAUUAUGAAGUCAAUUUUUCCCGAUUGAAAAAAGAGGGAUUUUCUCUGCGCCCUCCUCGUCUCUCGGCGACCCUCUCGAUUUGACCUGCUAUUUCCAUGUUCCUCUGACUUUUGUGAGAGAACAAAGAGACGCAGAGAAGUCAGACUGAAGUCGUUGCUAAUGACCUAUAGAGCAUUAUGCAGUCCGUUUUUGGCGACAUGAAGGAGUAGGACUUCUCUGCGCCCUCCUCGUCUCUUGGCGAACUGAGAGACGCCAGAAUGGUCCCUAAAGGGGCAAUUGACGUUUCCCUCUGGUGACCACCCUACCCGAUUCUGUACGGAACACUAAAGCUUUGUGCUGGGUCGUGCACUUAAGGACGGCAAAGUGGUCCCCAUAGGGGCAUUAAGGGCCCUUGAAGGGCAUAGAAGUCACUGAAGCUUUCAAAAGCGCUCACUCCAGGGAUUUUAGUUAGUAGCCAGCCAAGGGGCACAUGCUAAUCUUUUCAGCUUUCAAAAUAGUUAGUUUAAUAUUUUUUCAAAGAAAGUUAAGAAUGAGCCUGAAAAUUCGCACUUUACGACGGACAGGUCCAGCUGGAACUGCGUCAAAAAUCUGAUGGAAAGACUUUUUUUUCGAAUUCUCAUCAAGAUCCUGUUGAAAUUCUGAAAUGCCUUACGUUAAGCUUCUAUCCAAAGUAUGUACCUUUAGAUACUACAUCCUCAAAUUUGAUCUAUUUUGCACCUUCAAAUCAAAAUCGAAUAAGAAGAUAAAUUUUUCAAGUCAGUCUGAUUUUCAGAUCCCCGUCAUCGGCCGUCCAGAUCUACUCCACGCCGAAGCGACUCGAGAAGAUCUCUUCAAGCAAAAGUUCACGAAAGCUCGGGAUACCCUUCAUAAUACCCAGAGUGUUGGUUGAAAGAAUGAGGACAAGAAAUGAAGGAUGAUUUCCAGCUGAUGAUGUGGCAGGGAGUUCCGCGGUCGCAGGUGGCGAGCCUCGCCCUGCUCCGUCCGACGGACGACUGCCACGGCAACGCCGGCUGCUCGGCCAUCCGCUACUACUACGACGACGGCGCCGCCUUCAUCGAGGAUAACUUGAUGUGGCGCCACGAUCAGGGUCUCCAGAGAGCCACUCACAAGUGUCGAUUGCCCGUCCAGAUAGGUUUAUAUAUCGGAGAUCAAAAGUGUAGUUGAUCAAGUUGAGAGCAAGAAGUUCAGACGUGUAGUUGAUCAAAUUGGAUCUAGAAGUUCAAAGGUGUAGUUGAUCAAGUUGAGAUCAAAAAGUCUGAACGUGUAGUCGAUCAAGUUGAAUCAAGAAGUCCAAACAUGUAGAUGGUCAAGUUGGGAUCCAAGAAGUCUAAACGUGUAGUUGAUCAAGUUGAAUCUAGAAAACAAAACGUGUAGUUGAUCAGGUUUAAUCAAGAAGUUCAAAGGUGUAGUUGAUCAAUUUGAACAAGAAGUGCAAACGUGUAGUUGAUCAAGUUGGAUCUAGAAGUUCAGACGUGUAGUUGAACAAGUUGAAUCUAGAAGACCCAAUGUGUAGUUGAACAAGUUGAGUCAAGAAGUUCAAACAUGUAGAUGAUCAAGUUGAAUCAAGAAGUCCAAAAGUGUAGUUGAUCAAGUUGAACCAAGAGUUCUAAACGAGUAGAUGAUCAAGUUUGAUCUAGAAGUUAGAAAGUGUAGUUAAUCAUUUUGAAUCAAGAAGUGCAAACGUGUAGUUGAUCAAGUUUAGAUCAAGAAGUUCAGACGUGUAGCUGACCAAGUUGAAUCAAGAAGUCCAAACGUGUAGUUGAUCAAGUUGGACAUAGAAGUGCAAACUUGUAGUUGAUCAAGUUGAAUCAAGGAAUCCAAACCUUUAGUUGAACAAGUUGAUAUGAGAGUUUCAAAUGUGUAGUUGAUAAAGUUGAACGUAGAAGUAGAAACGUUAAGUUGAUCAAGUUGAGAUCAUGGUUUCCUUCCUUUGCCUCGUUCUUCAGCGCCUAGUCCUUCCAAUUGCGUCUUGGCGAGCUCAGAAUGUAGCGGAUCUUUUGCUGGAGCCCGUAGACCGAGCUCUAGGUAGAAGCCUCGGAAUAAGAGCAGUAACUUCGAGUGAAGACUCUACCCGAUAUUUAAUUCAGGAGAACUUGAAGAGAACUUCAAAAGCAAGAACUUCAUUGAAAGAUUUCCAAGUUCAGAAAAAACGCCACACAUGAUGAGGGUGGAGGGAAUCCGGGCGAAUUUGCUCGAAGAAGAUGGCAACGGGGCGAAGAAGUUCUACGCUCGUUGGUCCAAGUCGAUCGAGCUCAUGAGCAUGGUGAGGCAAAAUAAAAUGUGAAAAAAAUGUCUUUUUCAAGGUCUCCUAUUCGGAAAUUUCCACGGCCGUCGGCUCUGACGCCGCCGCCAAACAUUCGCCUCUGAUGUCGAGUAUCGCCCGCUUCGGGAUUCGUCACGAGAUCUUCACCAGAGCCACUGAACGCUUCAGAUCCACCCAGAACAAGGAUGUCCCCUUGGAGGUCCGUUUUGAAGUGAAAACCAAUGAAAAUGGGUUUAUUUUUCAGCUCCAAGCCCAUCGAGAUCCGGCCCAACUUAUCCGCGACACAAUGUCCCAGCUGAAUCAGAUCUAUCUGAGAAGAUUGAACGCCAGAUGUCCGGAUAACUCGGCCCCCUUGUCGACUAUCAAAGUAAUUUCCCGAAAAAUAAGGAAAAUUGUUUCAGAAGAGACCAAGGGGAACAAGAAGAAAGAAAAGACUUCAGAAAGGGUUCAAAAGGAAAAAUUGGAAAAUUAUCGAAUUUUAAAAAAGAAUGGCUUUUUUGUGAACACACAUGGAAGCUCUACUGGACUAUGCUAGCUAUGAAUCGUAUUUUAGAGUUAGAACAGUGAUUAUUUGAUGAGAGGCCAGAGAAAAAAAGUUUCUCUCUUUCUCUGACGUCUCUCCAAAACACGCACCGACCUCAGUCAUGCAUCUAUUUUUUUUUUUUCAAUCUCGCCUUUAGAAUAGGCAAAUUUGAAGAGACGCCAGAUAAAUUAGAACAGUCGAAAUCUGAAGAGACGCCAAAGAAGUAAGAUUUCUCUGUUUCUCUGAUGUCUCUUCAAGCCGUGCGUUGCCUUCAUUCAUUUAUCUGUUUUUCUGAUUUUGCUUCAAGAACAGUAUAGAAAUUAUAACAGUCGGAUUCUGAAGAGAAAACAGAAAAGUGAAAAUCUGAAGAGACGCAAGAGAAGUAAGGCUUAUCUGUUUCUCUUAUGUCUCUUUGGGCUGAUUCGUUUCUCUCACUCAUUCAUCUAUUUUAUCGAUUUCGCUUGGAAAAAUUUUCUAAUAAGAACAAAGAGGGUCUGAAGAGAGGCCAGAGAAGCGGGAUUUCUUUACUUCUCUGACAUCUAUUCAGACUGCCCCACUCUCUCGGUUUAUCUAGAGGCUCUUGAAAACAACGAAUGUUAGGACCGAAUAGAUUGUUUUUAACCUCAAGGGGUCACUUCCAGGCUUUUUUUCUUCUUCUUAUUACCUUUUUAGGCUUCUUUGCAGUUUUAUUAGAAAACGAGGAUUCUAAGAAAGGAACAGUACUAUUUCAGCUACGCGUCCGAUUCGUCGAUGAACCCGGCGAGGGAACCGGCGUGACGAGAAGCUUCUACACGGCGCUCGCCGAGGCGUGCAUGCAGCUGAAGACGUCGCCCUUCGAAGGCCUCCAGAAGUCGUUGACCCACUAUCUCAGCAGCUGCGUCUACCUCAACGACGCCGACGCUCAGACGAAAAGAACCCGACAGAGAAACGAACGAUGCUCUCGGCUGUGCAACUCGAUCGCCGAGCAGAGACGAGCUUUGGGGUACUGAUAAGUCUUCACUAAGGAUACUGCCGCGAGAGAAAAGCGAUGUCGUUACAUAGUCACCUUGGCAACGGAAUCGCCUUUUUCUCUGCGCGACAUCGCAUUUGUAUCGCACUCAAAAAAAAAGAAAAUUUUUAAAAUCGCGAUGUCGCGUCAAGGAAAAUGCCAGGCCUGCGCGAUCAACGCGCGGCUCUUUUGCAAUAUCGUUAAUGUAUCUAUUUAUCUUUAAAUUUUUUCCUUUUUGAUGAACUCCCAUUCCGCGGGAGAGAAGCGAUAUCGGUAUUGUUACAAUAGUCAAUUUUGAAACUAAAUCACUUUUAUUUGGCGCGAUAUCGCAUUUAUCUCGCAGUCAAAAAAAAAAGGAAAAUUGUGAAAUCGCGAUGUCGCGCCAAGUAAAAUGCAAGACCUGCGCGGUUGACAUGCAGCAUUUUUGCAAUAUCGCCAAAGACUUCGCGAUCCUCCCCGGCAUUUCUUCUCGGUGUAGAGACCUUUCCGCGAUAUUUCAUCGAACGCCGCAAAGAAGUCAGACUGGAUGUUAGCUGUACUCACGACUAAAUAGUUAUCUUUAGAUAUUUUUAGAAGAUAUACCAUUCCUCGAAGCGAUGUCGAAUUUUUUUUUUGGCGCGAUAUCGCAUUUCUCUCGCACUCAAAAAAUGACGAGAAAAAUUAGAAAAGCAAAAAAAAGGCACUUUCAGAAAACCACCAAUCGACCUCGACGCGUCGUAUUUCACGCCCGAAGUCACGGUUAAUGACGACGGAACUGAGAUAACUCAUCCGAAUUCGAUGAACAAGAUCUUCGAAAUGUCCGUUUUUAUUCAACGAGAAGUAAAAAUGAUGAAAAAUGAUGAAGAUCGGUAGAAAAAGUUCAAAAAAAGACGAUUUGGAAAAUCGUUUGAGCUUUGACAAGGGAACUUUUCCUUCCCCCUCCUCUUUAAUUUUUUUAAUUUUUUUUAAGGAACUUGACUGGAAUGUACUUAGGACCUCCUAAUCCCAGAACAAGAAAAAAAGCUCUUUUUCUGAGCUUCGAACCUCCAAAUAACGCUUUUUUUCUAGUUUUUCAUGCAGGUUUCCGAAUUUAAAGGGUAAUUUCAAUUUCAAAUAACAUUAUCCGUAGAGCGCAAAAGCUCCUACGCGACAUUUCAUUCAAUUUGCGAUCUUUAAAAAAAAUUCUCUGACUUAAUGAAACUCAAUUUUUGAGAUGGAUAUCAUUUGAAUAUUAUCAAAAAAGUUCAACUCAACAAGUGUCUGCUUCAGGGUCGAAAGAAUGGGAUUCUCGCGCUUGGCCAGCUCCCGAAUCACUGGAAUUUUGCUCAAAAACGCUUCUCUCGCCGAAAUCAACGAGUUUUUCCUCAAUGAGGACACUUUCAGGUGGAAAUUUUCAGAAGAACUCAAAAAUGUAUGAAUUUUUCUAGAAUCCAUGUCACGGACAUUUGCAACUUGUUGAGAACCCACAAACCCGUGGAAAUUGUUUGCGAGGAAGUCGCCCGCAUGUCGCAGUUUUUGGAGCCUCGUGAGUUGUUUUUUUUCAGGAAUAAGGGGAAAAUUCAAUGAAAAUGAGAGAAGUGAAGAAAAAAUGGUUUGAAAAUAGUGACUUGCAGGGGGAAAAAGGUCCAAAAAUGAUCCUUAAAAAUGAUCCUUAAAGGGGAAAAUUCAUGUCAGAGUUAAUAAAAAAAAAAACGGGUUCAAGAACAAUCUGAAAAAAAGGAAAAAAUCAUUUGAAUUUGUGAGAAAUCAGAAAAAAAAUGGCUUCAAAAUAGUAAACUUUCAGAGAAAAAAAAGGUCGGAAAAGGGGAAAUUUCAUGGAAGUCGAUGAUAGUUAGAAAAAAACGGUUCUAAAUCAGUAAAAAUUUGAAAAAGUCGGUUCAAGAACUCUCUGAAAAAAAAGGGAAAAAUCAAUUGAAUUUGAAAGAAAUUAGAAAUAAUGGCUCUAGUAAUAAACUUUCAAAAGGUCCAAAAAGGGGGAAACUUCAUGGAAGUCGAAAAAUAACGAUAAAAAAAUGGUUUUCAAGUAGUAAAAGUUAUUAUUUUUUUAGAGCACACUUUGAGUAGAGUAAUUUUGGAAAAAAAUUGGGAGUUAUUUUAUUUUUUUAAAGAAUAGAUGGGAAAAAUAGCAGAUUUGUGGUCUUUCGGAAGAAAAAUUCGGUAAAAAUUUGCUUGAGGGUGGGGUCUUGAAAAAGUAAAUUAGUGGACUUUUUGACAAAAAUGUUGAAUUUGGAAGAAACAAACAACAUAAUACUCUAGAAGAUCUGAAAAAGGAAGAAUUUGCUGAGAAAAAUGUUCAAGGUUUUACUUUUUCAAAAUAUGUUUUGAACUUGCCGGCCAGACUCCUUUAGUCAUUAUUACUUCGAAAACUUGGAUUUCUAGGCGACGACGUUGAGUUCAAAGACGAUUUGGUCUACGAUCCGCUGCCGUUGUUCGCCAAGACUCAUGAACAUGGAUACUAUGCGCCACUCAUUGGAAACGGAUCCCACGUCCGGAUUUCCGCCUUCAGAAACAUCGGACGGUGAGUUUUGAGGGGAGAACGGCGAGAUUCAGAAGUAAAUCAGGAAAUGGAGGACUUUUGAAUUUUUGUGAUUUUUGGAGAAUAGCUAUUUUCCUAGGAUUAUUUUCGGAAAACUCAUAGUUUCUGAAGUUUUAGCAGCCACUACAGUGGUCACUUAAAUUACUAAAACUCACUGGCCUCUUUAGAAGUCUAAUCGGUACUACUAGACCUAUAAAACAUACUAUAGGGGUCACUAAGACGCGAGGGGCUACUAUAGAGGUGGUCUUAGUGUUCCCUUCAGUGCCCUCUCAAAGUAGUCCUUGAGGAACCUCUUAAGUGGGCACUAGAUCUCUUUCCACUAUAAGCAUUGGUUUUCCAGGGUGAUCGGCAUUUGCCUGGCCCAGGGCGACAUUUUCCCCUUACGUUUAGCCCGUCACGUCUACAAGUACAUUCUCCAACGCCCCAUCAACAUCUAUGAUCUCGCAUUUUUCGAUCCAGUGGUAAGUUUGUCAACUGGAAAAUGUACAUAGACAUGUAAAAAAGCUCCAUGAAAAUUUUCUUUUUUGCUACUUUUUUGCGCCAUUUUAUCGGCUGUUAUGCACCUUUUUUGCUGUCUCUUUUAUUUUACACCAUUUCUUGAAAAAAUGGCUCGAUUAAGGGACCUUUUCGCUGCCUUUCUGCGGCCUUUUUGCAGCCUUUUUGCUGCCUUUUUGCGGCCUUUUUUGAGAAUCCUCCUUUUAUUGGUCAUUAUGCACCAUUUUUACUUUGCGCGAGUUUGCCGCGACUUGAAAACUUCCGGUUGUCUGCGUCUCUCUGAUCCCUCACCGGCAGGGUCAGAGAAACAUGGAAAUAGUACGUCAACAUGAGAGGGUCGCCGAGAGACGAGGAGGGCGCAGAGAAGUAGUUUUAGUCGCGAAAAACGCGCUAUAAAAAGCGGAUUGAACUAUGAAAGUGUUUCAAAAUCAUAAAAUUGGGAAAAAAAUUUUGGGGCUGUGUUGUUGAAGAACGGUUUCACUAUUUUUAGAGAGCUUGAAAAAAUUUCAUAAUACCUCUAAAAAAGGAAAUUUUGAAGCCGAUUGUUAUAACUUGUUCCGAAAAUGUCCGUCACGAAAAAAACCAUCUUUUACUUUUCCGUUUUUAAUUUUAAAGAAAAAUUGACCUUUUCAUUAAAUUUGGAAAAAUUUUCUCAAGUCAAACACAUUAAGAAGCAUCAAAAAGCGUCUUUAUUAUAUUAAAAAAAUCCUGUUUUAUGAGCCAUAUGCUUCGAAUUUUCAACGCAAAACUGCUUUAUUGAGAGUUUCCUAUAAGCUGUCUCUACAUAAAUUUCGAAUCUUUAGUAUAUUUUUAGUUUCAGAAUGAUAUUUUGCCCCUUUUUAAUCAAAAUAAGCACGAAAAUGGGCUGGAUUCAUUCAAAUUCAAAAAGAAAAAAUUAUUGAUCCAAAAAAAGAACUUGAAUGACCGAAAUCAGAAACCUUGUGACUUUACUGCAAUCCGAACCGUAGGAGAUUUUAAGUUCAUUCUGCUGUUUCCAGUAAAGUUUAUUAGUUUUUAGAAAAUCUAUGCAUAGGAUUCUUAAAAUAAAAUCUUGAGCUCUUAUUUCUCAGCUCUACGACAACCUCCGAAAAUUGGCCUCCGACCAAAACGGCGAGGAGUUCUACGAGGCCAUCUGCAUGAACUUCACCAUUGACGACAAAAAAGUAGCGAUUUUUCCGGGAUCUAUUCUCAUUUUUUGAACGAUUUCAGGCCCAUCGGACACUGAGUCUCAAGCCCAACGGCCAGAAUAUCCAAAUCAAUCCGGACAACGUCACCGAGUACAUCUACCGCUACUCGGACUACAUGAUGUUCGAGAAAAAUGUCGUCGCCUUGCAGGUUUAUAUUCAGAAAAAAACAGUUCAAUGUAAAAAUCACUAGAAAAUCAUUGGAAAAAAAGGACGGUUUGGUACAGAAAUGGUUGGAAAAGUCAGUAAUAACUUCCAUUGAAAAAAAUAGCCUCGAAAGUUUCCGGAAAAUGCGCUCCAUGGACAACUUUUUUUGUUUCGAUCAAAUGAGCCUGAAAAUUUGACCUAUCGUGCUCUACGGCUAAUUUUUCUAGAUUAACUGUUUAAAUCUUUUUGCAAUUCUCCAUCGAUUUCUUUCCAGAGACAAAUUUUUAUCAGCGGAGCGAAUUUCCUCAAAGUUCUUUUCUUUUUCAAAACUCGGACAGUUUGGUUUGAAAUAUUUCAAAAAUCAGAAAAAAUUAGGUGACAGGGACAGAAAGAAUCGGAAAAUCAUUGAAGAAUAGGUGAAAAAAAGAUAGUUUAGUAUAAAAAUAUCGCAAAAAAUUCGGGGGAAAAAAAGAAAGUUUGCUAUUAAAGAAAAAAAUCAAAAAAAUAGGUUUAAAAAAAUCUAACAAGAAAUAUCGUAUUUGUAUAGAAAACCGCAAUGUAUCAGUGGAAAUUACGUUAAAAAUUAUGACAGUAGAAAAAUCAACGGCUUGGUGAAAAAAGUAAAUUUAAGGAAAAGUAGAAAAAUUCGUGAAAAUGAGAAAAAUUUGGUGAAAAUUACUUCAAAAAUCAACAGAAAAAUUGGCGAAAAAAAUGAAAAAUUUCGGAAAAAUGUGCUCUAAUGAGAAAAAAAGAAGCAGGUUUAAACAUUUUUAAAUACGUUUUUGAAGUGAAUAAUGCAGCUUUAAAAAAACCAAAAAGUUAUCCAGAGAAAAAGGUUCUAGUAAUAGUAAAUUUAAAAAGUAAAAAGGAAUAUUUUUUUGAAUUUCGAGAAGAGGUGUACAGUUUUUACCCUCCUUGCGGCUUGAGAAAGUCGCAAAAAUGGUUUUUUUCUGAAAUGUUUUGAUUAGUUCAGUUUACUGUUGCUUCCCUGAGUAUAAAUUGGAGCUUUGAAUACACUUGGGAUGGAUAUUUUGGAGUUGAAUAAGAUUUAGAAAAAAACAUAUCAUUUUAAUUAAAUGGGAAAAAGAUUUAUAGAGUUUAGGUGAUGGUAGCUCGGACUUUCCAUUAAAAAAAUUUCGAAAUUUCAGAAUUUUUUUCGGUAGAAAAAAAUAGAGAAAAUAGUGAUUUUUUUGAUUUCCAGGCGAUGCGAGAUGGAGUUCUUGACGUUAUUCCGGAGAAUCUGAUGCAAGGAUUGUACGCCGAGGAUCUGCGUCUGAUCCUGUGUGGAACUGAUGAUGUAUCUCACAAAAAUGUAUAUGGAAAAUCAGAAGAUUACCUUUAGAUCUGCAUCGAAACCCUCCAAGCGAAUACGGUGUUCCUGGAUGAGAGCCGCGCGCCGACGGAGACGCUCAACAAGUUCAAGCAGUGGUUCUGGCAGGUCGUCGAGUCGUUCAACCUUCAGGAGAGACAGGUAGAGUUGGGACUGGAUUAGAGGGAAGAACCGAAAAGAAAGCACAGUGGAGUUCGAAAAGAAAGCAAAAUGGACUUAAGAACCGAAUAGGAAGAAAAAAAUAAAAAAAGGAAGGGGGAGAAUUUGAUCAAUUUUGACUAAGAAUUUUUUAAAAUCCGAUGAUAGGUGAUUGGUCUAUAAAAAAGAUAUAAAUAGAACUUUCUUGAAGUACCUCAACUUUAAUUUAUUAAAAAAAAAUGAAAAAAUCAAGGUGAUCUUUAAAAAAAGGGCGUAGCCGUAUUAAACCCAUGUUUCUUGGGGCUUUUUGAGUCUGAGUUGGGCUAAAACAGGGAAAAAAAAUUGGUGAGGACGGCGGGAUAUAGGGCACUAACUGAAACCCCUGUAGGGACCACUUUUGGAAGCACUAGGGGCCCCGGCGGAGACUUGUGAAAAGGUCCCUAAGGUUGCCCCUAUAGGGAUCACUAAUUGAAACUCCCAUAGGGGUCACCUUUGCAGGCAUUAGGGGUCCCUGAAGGGGCUUGUAAAAAGGUCCCUAUGGUUGCCCCUAUAGGGACCACUUUUGCGAGCACCAGGGGCCCUUGUAAAGUAGAGAUUUGUAAAGUGGUCCCUAGAGGGGGUCCUCCUAGGUUGUCCCUAUAGGGGCCACUAACUGAAACCCUUUCGGGGCCACUUUUGCAAGCACUAAGGGCCCUUGUUAAGUAUGGAUUUGUAAAGAGGUCCCUGGAGGGUCCUCCAAGAGCCCCUAAGGUUGCCCUUAUAGGGGCCACUAACUGAAACCCUUCAGUGACCACUUUUGCGAACCUUAGGGGCCCUUGUAAAGUAGGGAUUUGUAAAAAGGUCCCUAGAGAGGGUCCUGCAAGGGCUCCUUAGGUUGCCCCUAUAGGGACCACUUUAAAGUUCCAAAAAGAGAGCAUAACUUGACAGCCUUCAAGAAUGGUCAGCUUAUCCGAAUAUUCCAGGACCUCGUGUUCUUCUGGACGGGCUCCCCCGCCCUGCCGCCCUCCGGCGACUGGCAGUCCAACGCGACGGUCAUGCUCCGCCCGGCCGACGACGGCUACCUCCCCACGGCCAACACCUGCAUUUCGCGACUCUACGUGCCCGUCUACUCCUCCAAGAAAGUCCUCCGUGCCAAGCUGCUCGUCGCCAUCAAGGCCAAGAACUUCGGAUUCGUCUGA